GCCUUCGCUUUCAAAGCAGCAGCCGCCGUCCUCAGAAUGGCUGUGGCGUUUUCCUUUUAUUUAUUCGCUGCUGUGCUAAGUGCCUUCCGUGCUAAUCUUGCAAACUUUUGGGGAAAGGGGGAAAAAGGGAAGUUGAGGGGCGGGAAUGGUAAAGCCGUGAGAGAGAGAGAGCGCAGACAGGAAUGAGGCUGAGAGGGAGCAGGUGAUGUAUACUAAUCGGGACGAGGGCUGGGAGGUGCUGCGUGGUCGGCACCCAACGACUGACUGGCUGGCUGGCUGGCUGGCGUUGGCUUUGCGACGCCAGUGCCAGCGGCGGCUCUUCCCUUUCGCUGCCACCCCUGCGCUCGCUCUCUCUCUCUCUCUCACACACACACAGACACUCACACACACACUCAGCGCCUCACACGCACUUCACUUUUCCAGCCGGGGGCCAGUCAGUGCUCGCUGAGAGGGACUUCCUCUUCAGGGAAAGAAGCUGCGCGGGGACUUUUUCCCUUUCCCUGUCAGGAGCCUUGCCCUUUCCUUCACUGGCUGAGGCGGCGGCGUCCCCAUUCCCAGGAAGGACAGGGACGCGCACUCUUUCUUUCUUUCUCUCUGUCUGUCUCUCUUUCUCGGCUGGGGGCUGGAGCCGUCAUGUGACCGGCUUGGGCUGCAGGGACCCCCCGCCUCCCUCCGCGCCAUGAGUGAACUGGAGGCUGCUGGGCAGCAUCCAAGCCGGCGCCAGGUAGAGCUCAGGCUGCCGCUCAGCCUCCUCUCCUGCCUGCUCCUGGUCUGGACCAAAGAGAUCGCGGCGCUGGCGGACUUCUCAGGUAAGGGCAACAACCUCUGCGCCGGGUGGGCGACGGGCCAGCCCCAUCUCAGCAGCAUCGCCAGGCAGGGCGGCCACCAGGCGGGCAGGACCAGGGAGGGGAGCCUCCCUCUGAAACGGGCUGGCAUAUAGGCACACGGUAGGGACGGUGGUUUUCCUUUCUCUUCACCUAAGGCAGGAAAUUCAACAGGUACCUGAUUCCUCCUGCGCAGAAUUCAGUACAAAACUUUGCUCCAUGGUGCAACUACAUAAGGCUCUACUGGGGGGGAAGGGAAGAUAGAUAAAUUCUAAUACCAAAGUAUUGAUAUAUUUUGCUUAAGCUCAGCUCAGCUUAUUUAGUUUUUUGCAAUCUCUUUCAGGAGAGAGAGAGAAGGGGUUUUGCCAGGUGAACACAAAACAUUUCCAAGAAAAACCAACUUCAUUAGAGAUCUUGAACUGAUAAUGCUUUUGAAGUCCAUUCCCAAAGCUGCCAGGUGCUGUACAUUAGCUAGGGUUGCUAUACUCAUUACUUGGAGAAUCCAAUGUCUCUUACCAUAGGCAAAGUAAUGUUCUGCCCACCAUUUAAUCCCCACAACCAACACCUAUGGAACUGGAAGUGUAGGUGGGUUCCCAUUGAACCUGAACCAAGAUCCAUUUCAUUUUAUAAAAGGGAGUACUGGAUGUGCUUCAUUGGUAGACUGCAUGCUGUGAAUGAAGAUGAACUCUCUGGAAUGCUUAGCUGCUGUGGUAUAGAAAACCCCCAUAUUGUCAAAUAUUGCUGCCUACAUCAUUUUGACAGCUGAGUUGGGGCCCAUAGGGAUGGGAUGCAGUGAAUGAAUACAUGUGACCCUGAAGAAGUGACCAGAUACAUGGUGUGCAGCUGCUUGCUUAGGCGUGUGUUUGCGAGGCUUUAGGUAGCUCAAGGCCAGGAAGGAAGGCUGCAUCCUAGAAUAGUAUCACUGUAAGUGGGUGCAGGUUCAUGGCUAGACUAGAAUGGCUCAUCAAGGGUAGAGGAUGUGCUUUGAAAGAUUUGCCAUGCAUGCUUAAGAAAGCUACAUUCAUAAGUAAAUGUCCUGGAAGAUAUAAUCUGCAGGAACCCAGACCAGAGGCACAUAUAGACAAGAUCAUGGUGUAUGAAUUAUUUGCUGCUGAAAACUCUUCAGAACUAAAGUAGUCAGAAAGCUUUAAAAACCAACAAACACACCAGCACAGAACCAAAGAAUGCCAUUUUAGUACUUGCUGUUGUGUGCAGAAUGAAAACUCUAGCCAACUUAAGAAACCUAAACAUGAAACAAGGCAGAAAUUAUUUUGAAUUAAUUUAGACUGAAAUAGCAUCAUACUGAUGAUCUUGUAUAUGUGCUCUAUGAAUUAUAAAACUUUGAAAUUGUGAAUAGCAUUGUUCUAAGCAUAUGAUAGAAUUGUUAUACUGACAUUAUUGCCCCAAUUUAGAUACAGUGAUAUAUGUAUGUUCCUCUGAGUUGCUUUCAACUCUACAAUUUUAUGACUCUUAUGAUUCUAUGUUUAACUGAGUUACCUGUAUUGUGGAUAAAUAGAUACAGUACUCAAUACUAUACAUGGUUUGCUCAGAGGUCAGUCACAUUGAGUUAAAUGAGACUAACACCUAAGUAAGUGUGUGUAGGACUACUGUGUUGAUCAGUGAAAGGUUAAGGUGUUUAAACUGGGGUUGGGGUUUCACAGCAACUGGAAUACUUAAAACACAGCAGAGGAAUAAGGCAUUCAGUACUGUUUUGGUGGGACUUGCUGACAAAUAUUAUUAUUAUUACUAUUACACCAAAACAGGCUUCUAGAGAAACCAUUAGCACGGCUUAAGUGUACCAAAACUCAGACCUCCACUAUGAAGCCAAAGGGCAAAUAUGAGUCAAUGGGAAUUCAAAGAUUUUCCUCACCCACACACAAGCAUUAAAAAAGAUCCAUGUAUUAACCCUGUAGCCUUGAAAAGGAACACAUCUUAAUCAAGACUGCUAGAUCUGCACAAGAAAUGGACAAUAAGAACAUGGUUCUUAUUCUUCCCCUCCCCCCUGAAAGUAACAUUACAGCACUACAAGGCUUUGGUGAUUAAUAAGUACCUUAAAUAAAAUAUAAAAGAGAAAGCAUAAGAGACAGCCUAGUGCCACUUUUCAAGAUUUAGUCUCUGCCUUGCUAUGCUGUAGGCAGCUUUUUAAAAAAUUACUCCUAUGAUCGGAGUUUCCUAGCUGGUUGCCAGAAUUAUAUUUAUGGCCCGCAUUAGCAAUCUGGCAAACCCUGAAAUGAAUAGGAUCAAAGUUAAUUGCAACUAGCUUGAUUUCAAUGGGAUUUAAGCCUAAAUUAAGGGCCAAACUAGAUGUGAUCCAUGCCACAUAAUUUGGCUUUGUGUAGCUGCUUUUUGUUUAACAAAAUUGUCAAUAGGAACUUUCCUCCCAUUGCAAAUAGCAAGCAAAGAUGGAGGCUGAUUCCUAUCAUGUCAGGGUUAAAGCCAGCUCCCCUGCCACAAUGCCAUGGCCCCAAUCCAGCUCAGCCUUCACCCUGGGCUAUUUGUUAAAAAUAAACUGCACCAGGCUACUGCUACAUGGCAAAUAUUACAUGUAGUUCUUUUGUACUGAGCUCUGUAAAAGCUGCAGAACUACUUGAGCCAGUAACAUAAGGUCUAAUGAUGGACCAGUGCAAAUUUGAAUGUGAAAUGAUCCCUUGCAUUGAAAGAAAGGUUAUCAUCAUUUCCUUGAGCUACAACCUCUAUACAUGCAAUACAUGUAAGACUGGGUUGUAAGUCUUUAAAAAGGUAAAGGACAAGGACCCCUGACAGUUAAGUCCAGUCGCGGAUGACUCUGGGGUUGCAACGCUCAUCUCGCUUUACUGGCCGAGGGAGCCGACUUUUGUCCACAGACAGUUUUUCCGGGUCAUGUGGCCAGCAUGAUUAAGCCGCUUCUGGCGAAACCAGAGCAACGCACGGAAACGCCAUUUACCUUCCCGCCAGAUUUAUCCCACCUAUUUAUCUACUUGCAUUUUUGGCGUGCUUUUGAACUGCUAGGUUGGCAAGAGCUGGGACAGAACAAUGAGAGCUUACCCUGUUGCGGGGAUUCGAACUGCCAACCUUCCUAUUGGCAAGUCCUAGGCUCAGUGGUUUAGACCACAGCGCCACCCGCAUAUUACUUGCAUAUAAUUCCAGGAUAGAGAAUAUUGGAUAUGAUCCAAUAUUCCAACACCAGGAUAUGAUCAUAAACUAUGAUGCUAUGCUGGCAUGCAUUGCAGGGUAUUUUAUUUGGCACUGCACAUGGAUGUACUAGAGUAAAUACUCAUAAACAAUGUGCCAAGUUUUCUUUCUUUCUUUCUUUCCAAUAGGACUCUGGUUUUGAAGUGCCUAAGGUUAUAGUUCUUGGAAACAAUCUCUGUUUAAAUUAGUGGAACUUACUGUUCCAGCAAGGCAGUCCUAUGGUCCCAGUAUGCUGAGUAGCCACUAAACUAGGACUAACAUUGACAUAACAUUGUCAUGAGCCUAUGCCAAACCAGCAGCAGAGUCAACACCACAACAAUAACUUGAGCAACAAACGCUUAAUGUAGCAACAUUGACCAUAGUAACCUUACUAUGUAAUACCCCCAUAGUACCUUAGCAACUCCACAACCAACUACUGAUGACAUCCUCAUGUUAUCCAUGUGCAAGGGCACCCACCAGAAUGCAGCAACCACAUCCUCGCCUUAUCAAGAAUAAACAAAGUGCAGAAGCAUGCUCCAAGGAGUAGACAACUGCACAAUCUAUGGCCUGAAUUGCCAGGAGGAAUGUGCGUAGAAUGCAGAGGCUCCCCAGAAAAAGAGUUCAAGUCCUGCUGGGGUGCCAAUGAUUUCAUACACAUGCAAUUUUAAUGUUGCACAGAGCAUGUACAUGUGCACACAGACACAUGGAGCUGAAGGAAGCCUAUAAGUGGGAUCUAGGAAGUUGGUCAGAAUUAAGAGGGUAAGUCUGAGUCAGUGAAGAUUGUAGUAGCCCAGGCAAAGUCCCAGCCUGAGCAGAGAAACCUUACUAUUAAGGCAAAUCAAAGGCCAGCCUGGAUGCUUGGAGCUCAUCCAGUACCUGCAAUUGCUUUAUUGUUGUGACUGGAGGGGGGAAAUGGUGGGUAUGUGAGGCAUUUUUUGUGGGCAUAAUGCUAUGUCAUCGGGGCUUUUUUCAUCAGUUCCGGCACCUUUCACGUGGAUGCCAUUGCCAUUAUAAGAGAACAAGGAAGGUGUUCAUGGUGAGUUCUGGCACCUCUUUUCCUAUAAAAAUAGCAGGGUAUGCCAUCAUAAUUGGUAGGAUCAACCACUGAAUGAAUAUAGGAUUCUGGCUAAGGUUCAUUUCUGCCUCUCUCCAGUGGCCUCUCACACUGCGAAGGAAUCACUACACAGACAUUAUUUACUGACAGCAUAGCUCUGUGGUUUGCCAAAGAGCUUUGAAGGAUCCUGUACUACCCAGGGGGCAUAACUUGAAGUUAGGAUUGCCUGAGGGCACUCUCAGGCUACUUAUUAUAAUGUAUAGAGACUCCCCUACAUCAGCGGGGCUAUUCUGAAGUAAAAAUAUUGUGAACAGCAGCUUAAUGAUUAUGGAAAUCAAAUACUUGUUCCUAAACUAUGUACAUGCUUGUUCACACAUUCUCAGUUAGGGGGUGGAAUUCAGAGUUUUCACCCUGCAAUAACUGUUGACUUAUAGGGAAAAUAGAUACAUAUUUAUAGAGAACACUGUUUAUGUUUAAAAUAAAAUUAUUUGAAUAUCAAAAUUUCUCUAUGUACUUGGGUGGGGGGGGGUGAGCGGGAGAAGGAGGGAGGGAAGUCCUGUUGCAAGUGGAAAUCCUGGCACUGACAGGGUGGUUACUUAGCACUGUAUUGGAUACAAGCCAGUUGCUAUAAUUGAAAAAGAAAUAGACCUUACCACUUUGAGGAAGACUGUGACUAGGUCACUCAGUCUGCUUCAAGCCCCUGCUGUCCCUCCCUUUAACUCAGACUUGGACAUGGCAGCCCUUAAACAGAGGACUGUCCUCUGUGAAGUAGGACAUGUGGCCACCCUAAUAGCAUGCUCAGAAAAAUACAGAUUGCAUUAUCAAAGUCAAAUCAGCAUCUAGACUACAUUUUGAAAUGGGAUACUUACUGCACCAACUAUUUUGUGAUUGGAUUUCAUGGGAAAGUCUUCCGUUGACUGCUAUGAGCUGGUAAACACUGUAGGCCUUGCCGCAAGCUCCUCCUGUAUAUGCUGUCCUUCCGGAUAAAAAAUGGUGCGUACAAUUAUUGAAGCAUUGAUCUGUUCAGCAGGAAUUAACCUUUGAUAUAAGAGAGAUAAGUUAUGCCCCAAAUAGGCAUACAAGUCUUUCGGUUAUAAGAUUUAAAAAAAAUAUAUAAAUGUAAUCCUUAGUUUUAACCAAGCAGAGUUAGAAGUCAAAUACUCUUUGCCUCUUAAAGAAUUACAAACAGCAUUAUAGUAUUAUAAAUAUUUAGCAUCUAAAGUUUCUGACCUGCCUCAAACUUUCUCUUCCUUUUUCAGCAGCAGAGGGUAGAUUUUCAUAAGCUCGGCUGAGUUUGUGAAAGCAAAUCCUUUUAAAGAGACAGUCUCUAACAAUGAGUGCAGUUAGUGAUACCAAGUGUCAUUGAUCUCUCUCUCUCUCUCUCUCUCUCUCUCUCUCUCACACACACACACACACACACACACACAGCAGCUUAAUGAUUUUGAAAAUCAAAUACUUGUUCCUAAAUUAUGUAAAUGUCUGUUCACAUACUCUCAGUUGGGGGAGGGGGUCCAGAGUUUUCAUCCUGCAGUAACUGUUGACUUAUAGGGAAAAUAAAUACAUAUUUCUAGAGAACACCAUUAAUGUUUAAAAUAAAAUGAUUUAAAUAUGAAAAAAUAUAUGUACUUGGAGGGGGGAAAGCGGGGGACAUAUGUGUGUGUGUGCAUGCACACAUUUUUUGGUUAAGAAAAACUGUAAAACUUCAUCUGACAGCAAAAUCCUUAGGUGAUGCAAUGAACCUGUACUUGGAAAAAAUAAAUAAAAAUUACAGUUUGAGAAAUUCAAAGAGUUAAUCAAUUGUGGAACAGUUAUCUGUAACAGGUUCCAGUAAUGAGAGAUUAAUGGUGCACAUAGAGUUGGGGGGGAAAACCUUGCUUAAGUCCUUUCUUCUCUGCACAGAUCUUGAGCUUUCAAAUUAAGAUUAUCAAGUGGCAUACUUUCCUGGGUCAUUGAUUUUUCCACUCUAUGUGGUUUUAGCAUCAGUACUGUAUCUCAGCAGACUUGGUACUGGACUCCCCACCCCAACACUUACCAUCACCACUCUACAAAAAAUUAUUUGCCUGCUGUGACAGCUGGAUGAAAUGAUUGCAGAUUUAAUUACUUUUGCUCACUUUUGAAACAUGUGAAGUUCAACUGUUAGCCUGAGCUGAAUGUGGUUCAUGUAUUAAAGACAAAACAUCCACUUUUCAGAGGCCUAAGGAACAGAUACCAUUUACAUCACCAUUUGCAAAGGAUGUGUUAAACAAGACUAUUUAAUACUGUACAGGUUGUUGCUGGUGUGUUCAGAAGACUGAACACAUUUUUAAACAGCAGAAGUUGAUACAAUAAGUUUAUCGCUUUCUUUCUGUCUCCAAGGUUGCAAACUGUAGAUCUUACUUGAAAACAGUAGUGUAAUUGAAAUCAUUGUUACUUAGAGUAUAUUUUGCAUUCUGAUCCUAAAACAUUAAUUAGAAGUAAUACCUGAAGAUUUAAAUCGGUUUUACUUUCAGGUUAAGCACAAUUAAGGCCAGUUUUUUCUUCCUUUCCACAUACACAUACUUCGGAAGUUCUGCUGAAAUUUCUAGGCUCUAUUUCCAAGGAUAUGUGUUUAGGGGAAAGUGUCUCUUGUAAUGUUUGAAGGGAUGUAUAUGGUUGUUAGGCAGUUUAUGACAUACAGCAGCUGCCCAUCUCUGUACCUGUGAUGCACGGGUCAUAUUCUGCCAUUGUUCUGGCAGUUUUUCUAUAGAGACUGAUCUCCAUGAAUGAAAAUGUGAUCUAUGAAGUUACAUAGCAUCUUUACUUGCAGAACCUACAUAAACUACAUCCCUGCUAGUUGUGCAUUCAUAUUCUUACUAUUAUGUUCCACCCAGUUUGCAAAAAAUGUACAUGUGUCUUAUAAGAGGAUCAUCGUUCUUGCAGUUUGCACUUUUUUGAAAAUCCACGUAUAUAAAAAUUCAGAUAUUUCUUUAAAAAAAACAACUGGAGAAAGAAAGCUGGAUUCAGAUCAGAAAAGGGCUGACAUCAUAUGCAUGCGAAAAAUGAGAAGUACUAUUAUUCACUAUAUUUGAAUUCCAAAGAAACAAAGAUCCAUAUGUAAUCCAUACAUCUUCAUUAUUUGUUGCUAUUAUAAUAAUGCAUCCCAUAUGUGCCAGGAAUUACAAUAUAGUGUACAGAUCUCCUUUGAAAUUUUGUUUCCCAUUUGUUGUAAUAACUGAUUUGAUGUGCUUACACGUUUUUGAAAGAAGAAUGAAAUGGUAGAACAUUGAGCAAAUGCUUGAUUCUUAGUAGUUUGCUAAGGCUGCAAUAUUGUGCACACGUAACUGAAAUGAGUUUGAGUUAACAUGCAUUGGAUUGCUCUGUAAAUGCAGUUUGUUUAUUGAACUGGGUGUUUUUCUCUUUGAUCCCAUGCCACUGGUCAUCUCAAGCACUUCAACUGCUGCUCUGUGACUCCCAUUCAUUUCAAUAGGACUUCCUUUUGUUUCUUGGGAAUACAUUCCUCUGCUAACUGCAGCGGACACCACUCUGGCAAGAGGGACACAUAUUACGUUCCUGUGCAGAGGCAGAGAAAUGGCAGAGAAAUGCAAUUCAGUUCACAUUUAAAGAUGAACCUAAUUCACUCUUUCUGAAACAAUAUGCAAACUGAAACACAGCUAUCAUCUGAAACUUGUACUUAUCCAAAUUUUGCAGUGCGAUUUCUGAGCCAAGAAAUGUGUGCAGAAAACACAUAAGUAAGGUGUCAUAAAAUGUAUAUAUUAGUGGAAACAACAUGCAAAAUGUAUUAUAUUAGGGGAAAUUGUUUUGCAUAAAAGUAUGUAUUAGGCAUAACUGCAUAUUAAAAAUAUGCAUAUUAGGAGAAACACACGCUGAAAUGCUGAAUAAUUUUCACAUGGGCUUCUUUGCUAAAAAAUUGCAAACUGUGGGAAAGUAGAAAACUGAACCUAAGAUUGGAAAAAUGAGAAACCCUAUACUGUGCAGGCGGCUGUCAUCACAUUAUGCAUCUCCAUGAUACUGCCUGUGGCCUCUGGGAACCUGAAAUGUUAGCUUGGAGACUUUCACAAUAUAAUAGUAGCCAUCUAUGCUGAAAGAUCUUCCAUACAUUACAAUUGGCAUCUGGGUAGCUCAUCAUGGGAAGCUAUUUUCAGUGGCAUUCCUCUAGCCAAAGUAAUGCAUAAGCAUAUGAAGUGGUCUAAUGUUGAGUCAGAUUACUGGUCCACGAAGCACAGUACAGUGUCUGGUCUGACUGAUAGUACUUCUCCAUGCUUUGGGGCAAAAGCCUUUUCUUGUGCUACAGGAAUUGCGGUGCAAAGCACUAUCAUUGAGCCAUAUGUUCCAGAAAUCUAGUAUGGGAUAAUAUCCACCUAAAAAAGAUUCAGCCUGUAAAUAGUUUUCCUUAAGAUCUGCAAUAUAUCCUUGCAGGUAUACCUAAAGAACUGACCUUUUAACUACUGAGUUAUAAGUAUUUAAUAGAUACAGGUUUGGCUUAGUUCAGUGCCACUUCUUAAAUGACACUUAAACACACAUAUAUACUGCCUGUUCUGUAACACACAUCCAAGUAGUGUGCAAAAUGCAAAUACAAUAUAUUUUUAAAAUAUAUAUAAUAAAUUUAAACCAAAAGCUUAAAAUCACUGGCAUUAUGAGCCACCAAACACCAAGGUGAAUAAGUUGGUUUUCAGCAUGUACCUCAACUGCAGAUUCAGCACAUGCUUGGUUUCAGGGUGAGGGGGUUGGGAAAGGCUAUUCCAGAGUGUGGGUACCACCACAGAAAAUACCUUCUUCCUGGCUGGUUGUUGCCGGAUGCAUGUCCUUGGCUAUGGUACACCUGCACACACCAGGAAACUUAUUGGAAAAGGUCUCCUAGCCUUGGCCAACUUGGGCAAUAUGGGUCAGGUUAAGCACAAUUACUUGUUUCAUUCUUCUAAAUCAGUGUGGUAUGAAGAUCAUCCUGCAAGGAAAGGGACAAAAGUAAAGAGAGGGACAGCAUGCAGUAGCUUAGGACAUUCUGAUUCCAAAUGGAAAAGGACUCUUGAAGAUGCCAGGAAGCAGGGGAUGGAAAUAAUGAGUCUAUAGAAUGAGGAAGGCUAUUUAAACAAAGGCCAGUGCACAGAGGUGAUAAUCCCGUCAUGUAGUGUCCUAGAGAUACUAGGCUGUUCCUUUGAAAUUUGCCGUUCUGUUCUACCAAGACAAAAGGUGGCAUGUUCCACAUGCCAAGCCUUAAACCUUGGCUGGGUUUGAAAGAAUGCAAGGACAGAUAACAGUUUGCAUAAUUUAAAUAAAUAUUUUCUGUAUUGAAUUUUAUCUAGGCAGGCAUACCAAUUGUAUUUUGCCUAUUCAGUCCUGUUGAUUCUUCCUUCCUCCACGCCUACUUAGAAGAGGUAUUAACAUCAUAUUAUGGGGAAAGCCACUGUUAAAUGUUCUAAGGUGAACAAAAGACUGCGUUCUUGGCUCAGGUUCAACUGUAGUGUAAUUCAAUGUUAUCUUUGGUUCAGAACAAUUACACCAGAUAUAGAGACACUUGACUUUGGACAUGAGUGUGUUCAAAGGCAAUGCUGAAGUAAUCCACAUGGCAUGUUACAUGUGUUGUUCAAAAAUUUGGAACCUAUAGAGAAAUUAUAUACUACACAGCUGCAAACCCCGCAAAAGAGAUGCUAAUGCAACAUGUUUUAUAUUUUUCACCACAGCAGUUCCCACUGCCAAAGUGAGAAAGGACUGAACAGCAGCUUCACUUGUUAGUCAAAGUUGCUGUAGCAAAAGGAAUCAAGCACAGUUCUGGUGUGCACACACACUGCUUUUUGGAUUAUGGCCGCAUGUGGAUUUUUCUGAACUAAAAAAAAACUACAACUUUUGUUGUCUGCACUGCUGCUCAGCAACAGAUAUUUGAGAACUGCACAUUCUGAUGAUUGCCAUUGAAAGCUAGACUUUCAAAGUGAACAUCUAUCUCCACAUCACAAAGGGUUAAGACAAUGCCAGCUACUGGCAAAAUGCCUAUAUUUGAAAAGAAGACUAUUGUAUAGGAGUGCUUUCCCCUGUGUGGCAAUGCUGCCCGUCCUGUUGCCACUGUGAGAAUGUGCAUUGACAACCCACACUGCAAGAAUUUGAGUAAUGUUUACAAUCCACAGCGAAAACAGAAAAGAAGAUGAAGAUAAAGCGUUAGCAUUGUGUGCUAUUCUUGGCUGGCUCGCUAACAGAAGGACAGAGGAGCAUGGGGAAUAUCAGAAAAAUUAACCAAUGCAAAAUUUAAAAAGGGGGAGAAGUAAGUUCAUAAAAUAAUAUGAGAAACCAUAAUGUAGGCAAAGACUACUGAUUUGCUGAGCAAUUUUUUUAUGCUAAACCGUAGAGCAUGAUGCCCUGGGACACCAUGACAGCCUCAAACAGCUGCCUUGGUGCCCAUUGCUUGGUGCUCAUCUUCCUUGCUGUAUUAUACUGUAUUGAUUAAUUAGUGUUUUUAUGGAGCAGUCAAGUAAUUUCGUUGUCCCCGAAGGGGGCAAUGACAAUAAAGAUAUUAUUAUUAUUAUUAUUAUUAUUAUUAUUAUUAUUAUUAUGACACCUGUCCCUCCCAUUUUUUUUAUUUAAGUUGGCUUCUGUUGUUGUUAGGGUAGGGGUUGUUUAUUUUUUCUCUGUUUUAUUUGCUGUGGGGUAUAUAUAGGUGAUUAGUCAUUGGCAAUUUCUGAACAUCAGCUGUUUAUCUUCUGUGGGUAUUUUGGAGCCAAUGAGUUUGUCAGAUUUCCAAAUGUGCCCAUAGGCACAAAAUGUUAGUGAACUCCUACUCUAGAGAAUGCAGAAUAGUGGUAGAUACUGAGGGUUUCAGAUCAAAUGACACUUUUGGACUGUCAGUUUGGGUCUUAUCCUGUCUAGUAAAUUGUUCUCAACAGCAAAGACCCCAUUACUGAGCAGAGAGAGCUCACUGGGUGGCAUUCAACUAAGUUUUACUUAGAGCAGACUCUCUGAAAUGACUAAUUUAGGGCCAUUAAUUUCAAUAGGUCUACUCUGAGUAAAACCUUGUUGAAUCCCUCACACUGUAUUUAAUUCAUUCAGUAUCACAAAUGUGAGGCACUGUGGAAAGGGGUAAUAAAAUUUAUGUUACCAUGUAGCCAGACAAGCUUUCUUUGAGGUUGCAGUUUCCCUGCAAUGAGUUUAAAAGCAGCUAUGGCUUAACAGAUCACCAUCUGUAUGUCCUCGGAGAACAAGGAAGGAGGGAAAAGUUUUAUUACUGGUCUCAUCCUUCCUUGCUGAAAUGGCUGUCUUCUGAAAUUGCCAUGAAUAUUUCAAUGGUAGUUGGCACAAUUAUUGAGGGGGAAAAGGUAAGGGCUUGAUGGAUGAGACUUUUAGGAGUAUGGCUAACAGUCUAUCUCACUCUUCAGUCUAUUUUGAUCUGAAGUAGAUUGGCCUGUCAUAAAAAAUAGAUGGUAAAUAGAGUGUGCAUAUUACAAAAACAAACAACCCACCACAGAUUGAGGGCACUUACGUAAUUCUCUGUACCUAGCCACGUUCAUCUUCAGGCCCUCAAAAUAAAAGGCUGUGAAUGCUUGCUUUCUGUAAAAGUAAUCUGUCACUAAGUGGUUGUCCUUAUAUAUAGCAGGUACUGUUUAUUUACUGCAGUGUACACAGUAUUCCGGCAGUCCUUUUCAGAGGGGCAAAGUUAAACUGUGUGGAUAAAGAAUGCAUGUUAUUUGUCACUCAUAACUCUGUUUUUAGAACAUAAAGCCUUUAAUUAGUACCCUGGAUUGGACAUUUUCUUUUCUUUGCAAGACUAAGAUCACUUCAAAGGGACCCAGAGUAUCCUGAUGUAAAAAAAAAUGCUCCAAAACCCUGAUUUAGAAGGUUUUAAACUUUCUUUAUUUAGAAGUAAUAUUUGUUCUUUUUAUUGGGAUUUACUUUCAAGUGAAAAAUGAUUAGGACUGUAGCCCAAGAAAUGGCAAGUUGUCAUUUUCCUUUCUCAUCCUCACAGUCAUGCUUACAGAUGGCUGAGUGCACAUGCUCACCUUGCCAAUGAAGUGUGUACCUCCUUCACCUGAUGUCCUGCUCCCUCUGAGCAUUGAGGGAAGGUGAAAGGUGGUUCCAGUUCCUGAUAGUUUUGUGGCAAAGCCCUCCCUUGCCUCACCGUGACCCUCACCUGCCCUAGGUGUACUGCUUGCUGGGCCAUUCGUUGCUGGGUGAAAAUAGGUAGGCUGCAGCCCUUUAAAGAGCCCCUCUACACUUUGCUCUCUCCACAUAUGGAUGGAACAUGAGAACGGCCUCAUCCUCAAUGCAUUCUAUGGGUCUGCCAAAGCAGUAACUGGUCUUGGGUGUAUUUCCUGCCUUUGAAAGACUUUCUUUCAUGCAGAAUAAGUAUUGCAGAUACUGAGGCUCAGUGCCAGUUUCUGUAUAGGAUGUUCUUCAGUGUCCACCCCCACUCCCCCACCAUGCCCUCCUUUAUCCUCACAAGUAGUCAUCCACUUGCCCAAUUGGUACCAACUCCCCAUCCCAAGGGGGGGGAAGGGGGGGACUUCCGGCCCUUGCUCUUCUCACUGCUUGCUUGCUUGCUUGGACUGUGCAGGUGAAUGGGCAGGUAACAGCAAGGAGAUUCAGCAGCAGGGUCAGGAGGGUUGGCUGUGGGCCCCUUGCUGGGGUGUUGGCCUUGAUCAUAGCAAUAUUUGAUGCCAGCUCUACGGAAAGAGAUUGCCAUUAUUACCCAGGUCUGCAUUUAUGACUGCAGAACUGUCCCACCCUGGUGGGAUGCUACUGUGUGUAGUGUAGUGUUUUGUUUUACUUGCCUGGCAUUAAGAUUCUCUUUGGGUUGUCUGGUUAAAUGUAUGAGCCUUGGCUCUCCCUGGCCUGCUCUUCACUUCACUCAGGUUGGACUACAUGAGUAUAAAGCCCAGAAGCUUCAAGUCAAUUGAGAGAGGGCCAGGAACAUUGAGAGAGGGCCAGGAAUACCACUAUUCUUGGCAAAAUACAAAGGAGAUGGGAGGACAGGGGAAAGAACAGGCUCCACCUCCAGGUAUUCCAUGAAGAAAAGUGACUACCUUCACUGUCAUGGGUGUAUACAUUUUUCUUUCUAUCUGAGUACAAAAUGUAAAAUGAAAAGCAGGUCUCUGAUAACAUCCCCGUUUCUGAGUGCCUUACAAUGCAAAACAUUGUUUAAAAAUCUGCUGACACUGAAGCAAUGCUGUUUAACUCUGUUGAUGCUGUUUCAUUAUGUUUUUUAACUUUGCGUGGGAAAUAGGAAAAUAGCAUGCGCAAAUUAUCACUGUACAAUCUUUCUCCUUCUGUAGCACCCUGCUUGUGGUUAACGCUUAGCUGGAAUGAAAUAUUCAACGCAGCAAUAGAGAAAUUAAAAUAAUAAUUUAUUUGUCAGACAAAUAAAUGAGAGACACAGUGGUAUAUGGAUACCAAAGCUCUGCCCACUCCAGCCCUGAUGGCCAGCACUUAUAUUUCCUCAGCCCAGCCCCCUUGCUCCUCCUUUGGCUACUUCUGUCCAAUCAGCCUGGUUGAAAUUCCUAUUGGCUGUUUGCUAGAACCAAUCAUAAAAGAUACACCCAUUUCCUAUUACCUUUUAUGGGAGACAAAGAGCUAUAUUUCCUUCUAUCCAUAAAUGGCAGACAAGUAGCCAUAUAUCUUACAUUUGCCUCGACAAGGCACCUUAAUUAUCAGAUCAUCUUUGCCCUAUUGCCCUAUUGCCCUAUUCACUCCAAAACAGAUGGCUAAUGGUUUUAAUUUUUAUCUUAAACAGAGAUCUUGGGUUCACCUUCUCACACACCAUCAAUGAAAUAAGAAUCUAACAUUUCUUACUUUCUAAAUCCUUUGCAUAAUUACAUUUAAGCCAAUAUAUUUCAUACAUUAACAUAGAUAGAUUUUUAGAAGGAAAGGCCUUUUCAAAGUAAAAAGAACUUAGUAAAAACAGUUUCCAAAAGCAACCCCUUAAAUUUACACCCCCCCCCUUUCAAGCCAACUGCUGUUUCUAUUAGCUCUUGCCCUUUAACCUUAGGAAGAUGUGGCUCGAGUCUAAUGGGAGGCACAUGGGAUUAAUUUUCUGUUAAACAAUAAAUUUCACUAUUUACCAACUCUUAAUUAGUGUUUUUGCAGCUUGAUUGUAUUCUGUAAUUUGUAUGGUCAGUGUGACCUUUUGCUCCCAGCCUGUAAUUUCCUUUUACAACCCUGAAGUACUGCUAUAAAUCAGAGGGGCCCUGUUUAGGAAGAUAAACAUCUGCCAAAGCACCCAGCCAGCUGCUUUAUGCCUGGCAUAAAACAUACAAACAUUUGCAAAUAUAUUUUUUAAGCUCAUUUUAAAAUGCAGGCCUUGAUCUGAUGCCUCACUUCCUCUGUUGAACUCUUGUUAUUUGCAAAUAAACAAGACUUUCACUGAUCCUAGCAUGGCCCCUCAAGAGAUAUUUUGAAUGAGCUGCCUGUACAUCUGUUUUGAUCUGGCCAAUAGGGAAAGGGGAGAACAACCAUUCAAGUUCCCACUUGUCCCUUGACAAGUGAGAGGCAAUGGAGCCUGAGCCUGCCAAAGAGCAGUUUAAAAGAGUUGUAGUGGCAUAAUGGGUGAUGCAAGACAGCUUGAAAAGGACCAAAGGGCCGAACCAAUUGGAAGUGUCCUUUUUUGAUACUCUCCUUUGUCAAAUGAUGGAGCAUGUGAAGGGUGUGUAUGUGGCUAAUAAAUAACUCUUUGGCAAUAUUCUCAGAAAGCUUUUCAACAGCCCCUGCGGAUACAGAUCUACAAGACAGAACCUGAGUGGUCUAUCCAGGAACUGAAGUAGAACUGCCAUCCCUGAGGUCAAUGCAAAUCUGAUGUUUCACCCUAAAUGAGCUCCUGUUGAGGCUUGCUGAUCUUGUGCACUUCUCCUGAAGCACUGUUGCUAGAGACUCCUGCAUAGAAUCCUCUGCUUUGCCAUUCACCGAAGUUAGCAGCAAUAGCUUCUGACAACUUUAGUUUAGGAAUUUAACUUAAGGAUAUGGGAGCAGUUUUGCCUAUGUAUGUGAACCAGGUCUCUGAUGUAUUCAGUAUGGUCUACCUUCCACACUAAAUGUCAUGCGACAUUGACUUCAUGACAAUGCCAGUGUGCCCUUUUUAAACAAGUUUCAAAGCCUCAUGAUUGUUAUGGAGAACAAAUAUUGCAGGGCUGGAGACCAAAGAGGCAUUUGUUGUGUGUCUCAGGAGACGGGACUUCAGCAUCCUGCACAUCUGACCCUCCAUAGAACACCAGAUUCCCAAUCUAGUGUUUCCACAAGCACAUUCCUGUCAUCCUUUCUCCAGCCCCUUCUUUGCCAAAAUGUUUAAUAUUCCACAAAAACAAAAUGCAGAUAUUGUAAUCAGAACAAACAGUUUGAGUUCCUCCGUAAAUGACUAUGAGAUUUUAGCUCUGCCUGCUGUGCAUGAUAUGUAGAGGCAAGACUUAGCUGUGUGAAAUCUGAAAAGCUGAACUCCGUGAGCUAUUAAUGUCUCCACAGAGUACAGUGCCUGAGUGAAGCAAUCCACAUACCAAUACAUUGCCAGUUUUUCUUAUCAAAAUCUCACGACUAUUUUUAUUCCCUUCGUUGUGUAAAAGUGUGGACUUACUGUAAUAACAUUACGGAUGUUUUAAAUGCCACCUGGAGGGAUAAAAUUUCUUUCCUAUCAAGUCUAGGUGACUUAUUAAACAAAUAAAAUGUACCUGCACACAUGAAGCAAUGGGAGACGGUUGUUUUUAAGCCAUUUUUAGAACUGAAUAGUGUAAUUGUUGGUGAAACUUGCUUAGAUACUGGAAUAGGAAUUUGCAGGAUCAAAGUAGCAGUUAAGAUGCCCGGGAACUCAUUCAAAAGUUUGCAUAGCUGAUAUUCUCUAGGGAAUACUGGGCUUCUUUGUACAUGGGAACUUCUGGUUCCAAGCAAUUUGAAACCUAAACUGUCACAGAUUUAGGACCAAAUUCUUCAAAGUCCUGAGGGGAUGCUGCUGAGAAGAGUAUCUCUAACUAUGCUGCCUUUAAACCAUGUUGCCAGCACACAGGUGUCAGAGCGCGCUUUACAUGCAGACUGUACACACAGUGAAUGCUUAAUAGAUUCUGGUCCUAAUUCCAAUUGGAGGGAGGUGGAUGGGAAAGAAAGGCAAAUAGUCAGAGGAACUAGUUCUCUACAUUUUGACAUCUGGCUCUAAAUUUCUGAAGCGGGCUCCUCCAAUAGAAGAAGCUGUACCUGCCAACCUUUUCCUGUCAAUAUUAUAUUAACAGUAACAGCACAGAAGCUCCCUUCUUCUGGAAGAAGUUGGCAACUCAGUUGUGCACAUUUUUUUACGGAGUAAAUUACUUUGUCUAUGUCAGGGGUGGGGGAACAUUUCAGCCUUGAGGCCACAUUACGAUUUGGGUAACCUUCCAGGGGCCACAUUCCUGUGGUGAGCAGGGCCAAAGGCGAAAGUGGGCAGAGCAAUGGAUGUGAAUUUUACCUUUUGUACAGUAAGCUGGUUUCUAUACACACUCGCACAUCCCUCUUUAAACUUCCAUUCAGACAAGUCAGAAGCAUUUUCAUUGUUUGAGGGGACAUUCUAGGCAGGCAAAAGUACUCAAGGAAGGUGCAGAGCAAGGCUUCUGAGUUGUGGCCCUGUGGAGAGUCCUGAGGGUUAGAUAAUGAGCCUUGAAGGGCUGCUUUUGGCUCCUUGGACCUGAGGUUCCCCAUCCUUCAUCCACAUAAACAGCCACAUUUCUUCAGGGUUAGCUCUCUCACCCUGGGGAGAUUAGUCAUCAGUUUAUCAUGAAUGGAAGAGGCUACAGCUGUGUGGUGCUGGUUAAGUGCUAAUUUGUAACUAACCUAAGUCUUGCUCUCCAUGAAAAUAUAAUAACAACAAUAAUGUAUUUCUUAUAUACCCCCCUCAUGUGAGUGGGUUGCCCCAGCCACGCUGGCUGGCUUCCAAGAAAAGUAAUAUGAUUGCUUAUCUCUUUGACAUCCAGCAGAAGGGUGUUUCACAGGGCAGGCACAACUACUGAGAAGGUCCUCUGCCUGGUUCCCUGUGGCUUCACUUCUCUAAAUGAGGGAACUGCCAGAAGGCCCUCAGAGCUGGGCCUCAGUGUCUAGGCUGAGCAGUGCGGGUGGAAACGCAAUGUAUCUUGUUGGGACGACAAGAACAAAUUUUAAUGUUGCGCACCAAGGAAUAGUAGACUAGAAUGUGUUGUCCUUCUGUUUUGUACUCCAUGCCAAUUUAAAAGUAAUGGAAAAAUAUGGAUUUGGUGAGUCACAUCUGGAAUAAGGAACAACAGUAAAAAAAAAAAAUUGAUGUUUUCCCGACACACCAUAAACUAAAAGGCUUCAAAGUUUUAUAAUGCAUUGUGUGUAGAAAUUAAUGGGAAAUAUAUAUCUGUUUUUAUAAGAAUUACUAUGAAAUUGCCAAUGUUGACUUGGUUUGUGCCUUUUCAUGGGGGAGUUUGGCUCUAAAUAAAAUACAAGUAAUUUUAUAGACUUAACACUGACAAUUUGCCAUGUUAGUCUAAGCGUGUUUUAAAAUUUUACUGAUACGUUCAAAGGAACGUCGGAGCGGGUGAAAAGUGCAUGCAUAUUGAAAAGGAACAUUCCUAGGGCUGAUAUUUAGCAAACUCAGGCUUUAAUUAUACAUCUAUUUUUCAAAAAACCAAAAUGUAGAGGUAUUUUAAUUUUAUGUGUGAUAAUGGCCAGGGGUGGUGCUAUUCAAUGGCAGUCCUACUCAGAGCAAGCCCAUUGAAGUUAAUGGAUAAACCUAUCAUUUCUUAAUGAAUUUUUGGAAUUCACUACCACAAGAUGAGAUUACCACUGGUUUAGAUGGCUAUAAAACUGGAUUAGGAAAAUUCACAGAGGAUAUGACUCUGAGUGGAUAUUUUCCACGAUAGAUAAAAGGAAAUGUCAUGUUCAGAGACACUUUGUCUCUAAAUACAAGCUGCUGGUCCAACACAGAGUAGCGGAGGGCUAUUGCCUUUGUGCUUUUCUUGUGAACUUCCUGGAAGUUCCUGGAAGACAAACCCAUGUGUCUGUGUGCAUCUAGUGUAGGUAAGGGAACCGCAGGCCCAGGGCUGAAUGUGGUCCUCCAGGCCUCUCUGUCUGGCCCUCAGAGCUCUCCCCAGCCACACCCCUCUUUGCCCUCUCUUGGAGUGUGUUUGCCUGAAUUGAAUAUGUCCCUAAACUCUGAUAAUGCUUCUCUGGAUGGAGAUCUAAGAGGGGUGUGUGAAUGAAUAAAAACUAGCCUAAUGUACAAAGACAAAACCUACUUUUGUUGCUCUGCCCACUUUUGCGUCCCCCACCCCAAAAGUUGCCCAGAAGGGAAUGCAGUUCCCAGGCUGAAAAAGGUUCCCCUGUCCCGUUCUAGUGGGUGCAGUUCUAUGAAUCGGGCACACAGUGCAGAAGCAAAACCCUUUCAUUUUAGUGGGCACAAUUCCACAAUAUGUUUUUGGUUAAGCCUGAAUACAUGAAAUACUAGAUGAGUAGAAAUGAGUGAAUCUUUUUUUUUUUUUUUACAUCCUACUUGGCUCUCGCGCAGCUGGAAAAUUACUGAGGGAGGGAUAUGGUUGAUUAACUGAUAUGAAGUUUAAAGAUUCAAAUAAGCAUUGCCACAUUUAGCAUUCUCUUUCCACGGGCCAGAAAACCAUCUAAUCCUCUACAUUAAACGAGAAAGAAACACUCAGUAGACUACUGCAGAUCACAUAAUGCAAACCAGUGCUUUGCCCUCUGUCUCGCCAGUUUACAAGAGAGAAACAAAAAAUAAAACGCUUAUAGCAACUUUGACAUAAAGCUGCCUUUUUUGUAACUUUCUCAGGAAAUCUGUAGCAGAGCAGAGAACUUAAAACAGGCUGUGGCAACAGGUUUAUUUAUUUAUUUUACUUUGGCAAAUUUUCUGUCAUAAGGAUAAAACUAGAUUAAAUGGGAGGAAACUACGGGCUGGCAUUUUGAUGCAAACAAUGACAAAAAUUUCCAUGCAGGAACAGCACCAAUCCCACAAUAAACAAGAGUUUGGAAGUGCUCAAGAGUCUUGAGGCAUGGGUUAAACCUUUUGUAACCAAGCCAAGCGAUGACUGCAGCUUUCAUUUUAACAUUUGGGGGAAAGCUAUUUCCUCAUUAAAUGUAACACAGGUAAAUGUUUUCUAGGUUAUCUAACCAAACUUCUGCAAAACCACACUGCGUAUGCCUGUGAUGGUGAUCGCUUGAGUCUGCAGUGUCCUCGACAUUCAACAAUAAGUGUCCAAUCUGCAUAUUACGGGCAAGCUUACCAGUUGUGUAGUGAACAACAUCCAGAAGCCACGAUGAAAGAGCCCAUAAACUGUGUGGCAUCUACUACUUUGCAGGUAUUACAUAUUGUAGUAUUUUUAUUCUUGUUUUUUUUAAUAAAAAAACAGCCUUUCAGAAUGAUUCAGUGAUAUAAAUUGUAUUUAUUAAAAUGCAAGGUAAAGGCAACAUUAAUUGACUGAUGUUCAGAGUGUAACUUUUAUAAUAGAAUAGUUGUUAUUGUGGGAGGAAGGAUGGUUCAGUUGUGCAUAUGACUAAGUUUUAGUGUUUCUGGAGGUCUAAUGAAUAUGCAGACCAUUAUCAGGACCCCUCCUCAAAGAAAAUCUAUCCACCCCUUUGCUCCUGAAAAAUAUGCAAUGCUAAUUAAUCCUGACACUUAAGAAUGUGUUUGGCUACUUUUGAAAUUCAUAUUUUAUUGUCACUUCUUAAUUUUUGAAUAGCAACAAUUUAAAGUAAAUUUUAAAAUCAAUAUCUGACUACAUACCGUAUUGGCUUGAAUAUAAGCUGCACUUCUUUCCCAGAUUCUGAUCGUGAAAAGUGCGGCUUAUAUUCAUGAUCUUAUGCCGCGAAAACAGCGCAGCUCCCUCCCCCCAGGAAGCAGCCCGGGAGCGCAGGGCCACAGCGCCUGUCCCGUCCGCGGCUCCCAAGCCGAUUUUUAAAGGUGUGCCUUAUUUCCGGGUGGGGGCCAAUACAGUAAAUGAAACUGGUUGCAAUUUGUUUGCAACUCGAUACAAUGGCACAAAUCUUCCCAAACAGUUCUGAGUGGUGACUUAGCCAGCCAUGCAUGAUCUAUAGAUCUGUGGUGCAAGCCUCACAGGACCUGUUCAUCACAAGCAAACUGAAAUCCAGUUUGGGGGAUUGGGUGGCUGGCCACACACUCAGUAGUUGUAUGGGCUGUCUGACAUCUCUUGCCAAGCAGACUGGGACAAAAGAGCCGUGAACAAUGAGAAUGUCCAUUAAGAUUAACACCCAAUGGUCCAACUUAAUUUGUCUGUGCCAGAUUGAUGGAAUUGUUUUGGCACUGAGUUUAUGUCAAUGGAUUUUCCUGGGAGAAAUCUAGAUUGCCAAUUAGUUCUGGCUCCAAUUUCUGGUAGACAGCAGUAGAAUCUACAGCCUAAUUUUGAUUAGGAUUAUUGAAGAUUACCUCUGAAUCACUGGCUUGCCAUUGUAUCAAAUGCCCCAAUGAUUAAUAAUAUAUUUGAGACCUGUGCUUCAUCUCUGUUCCCUUGCCACAUACACUGUUCUGAUAGUCUUACUGUAGACACAUAAGAACAGUUAUAUAGACAUAGAGGCAAGCGUUUAGUCCUGAAUCAUGGUUAUUCCCUGCCUCAGAAGUCAAGGCAAUCAUGUUCCUCAUGUUAGACAAACCAGUAAUAUUUAAAUUUCCCUCACAUGGGAAAAAUGCUAACACAGUCAUGUCCUGUUGUGACAAAUUGGUCAUUAUUUUGUAGGUUUAGAGGAAUUUUUAAAAACUGAUAUACAAAAUAUGCAAAGAUCAUUUCCUAAACAUAAUUAAGAUCUGAUGAUGCAGUCGGGUUCCUGACCUCAUGGGAAUCCUAAACUGUAGCAUCCUUAAUCCUGUUAUUUGACACCAUGUACAGAGCAAUGCUGUGCAAUUUCUACUUAGAAGUAAGAGCUGCUGUGUUCAGAGUGGCUUAUUCCCAUGCACGUGUGUUUAGGAUUGUAGCCUGAGGCAGGAAUCCUAUACAGACUUACCUUGGAUGUCUACUUUUGAGAGCACAUCCAUAGGAUUACUCUGUACAUUUAAAGCUAAUGAGCCUGAACUGGCAAGCAAAGGUUAUUUCCUGAGGAGCUACUAAGGAUGAUUCUUGUAUUUUGUUAUUUUACAUGGCAUCAUUAUUUUUCUUUUUCAUGAGAGUGGGUAUUCACUUUUCACUAUCUUUGAUAGAAAGAUGGUAUGUUUGUAUGGUUUAGGAUCCACUGGUGGCCUAAUUCACAACCACAGUUUUCUCCUUAAGAAGAUAUAUAGGCAGACAUACAGUAGACAUUAACAGUGCAAUCCUAUGUGUGCUUACUUGGAGGUAAGAUUCAUUAUGUUAUGUUAAAUGGACUUGCAUUAUACACUAAAGAUAAUUUCCAGACAUUUCUAUAAAGUGGUGAUUUUCCAAGCAGUUGGCUAAUACUGUCAGGUAUAUUUCUAUGCCUUUAGCAGGUACAUAACCACAGUGCAAAAGUUUUACUACUUAUUCAGGGACCUAGUGUUUGUAGAAACAUUUUAAAAAUCAGUGUCAUUAAAGAAGGGAUAGGCAAAUUGUUGCCAUUCAGAUGUUGUAGGAUUUACACAGGUCCCUGCUCUGUCCCUCUAUAAAGAAGUUAAAUGUUAUUGUUUAGUGUAAUACCCUGUUUUUUUAAAUGAAUAUUGCUUGGAAUAGUGGUUUUAUAAGCAUGGCUUGUAUGUGCUUUAAUGGCUGAAAAAUGAUCUUUGGUUCAAGCUGUCCUCAUGAAAAUGGGAGUGUCACCCCUUCUCCUUUGUGUCAUUAACUAGCAUGGCACCAAGACUAUUUUGAGUCCUUUGAAUCUUUGGGGAUUUAAGCUAGGCUUGCACAGAAAGAUUAUUUGAAGCCAUCACACAUCCCAGCUGCACAUAGAUAGAAUGAUAGAAUGUUUUACAGAUAGGUUCACAUAGCACUCAAAUGCAAGAUACAUGUCUGGCUUUGUCUUCUCUCAAAUCUCAGACACCUACAGUAAACCAAAUUGUUGGAAGCAAAUCUGCAUGAUCUCAUCCUACCUAUUCUCUCUGGAAUGGAGAGAUAAUCUAAGCAUAGUAUUAUUUUACUGAAAGAACAAAGAAUGCUAUACAGGAAUCUUUCACUGAAGGGCUGAAAGAAAAAUUAAAUCCCUCCUAAUCUGUGACUGUUCUGACCAUAUAUUAGUUUUGAACAUAUUAGUGGCCAGAUCUUGUUGCACAGCAAAUUCAACACCGGCAAUGUUAUCCUAUACAUGUCUGCUCAGAAGUAAGUUCCAUUGAAUUCAAUAGGGUAAGUGAUUAGGAUUGCAGUUUUAAGCUUACAUCUCUUAUAAAACACAGGGUAAAACAUGAAGAGAUUUUUUUUUAUAGACAAUGAUUCUGGCUAGCAUAACUAGAAGUAAAGAUCACUAGAAUAUAGUAGCAAUGCUUUAUUGGCUGCUUUUGAGCAUUGGAGAUCAGAUUUUUUUCUCCUCUUGGAUGCUAGUUAAAAGGCUUUUUAUUGUUUACUUGUGUUCUAAAAAUAGUCUAUGAGUUUUUUUGUUUUUUGUUUUAAAGGAUAUUGGCACUUUUCUCAAUCUAUUUUGAACUACUCUUUCUCUAUAAAACUUUUACUGCUUUGUGGGCAAAUUGUAAUAGCCUGCCAACUUUUCAAAUCUGGAACUGCUGCUUCCAGGAAUUUGAGGACAAUUGCUAAAAACAAGAUGUUUCUUAGUGCUAAUAGUAGCAGCAGGCCCAUGAUGAAUCCAAUAAACCUCUCAUAUUGGUUGAUUCAUUUAUGACAGUUAACAAUACGGCAAUGUAGCAUUUUGCUCCGUGUAAACAAAAAUUUUGUUCUGUGUAAACUUCAGUGAUUAACACCUUUCAAGGCAUCAGUUAUAUGCAGUGUGAUAAAUUGGUUUUUCAUUUACUGGUAGUUCAUGUGGGGUGAAAAUUUGUAACAAAGCAGCAGCCACUAUCAAAAAAUUUCAAGAGUGAAAAUAAGUCCCUAUCUCCUAUUUUCAAAGGUUACAUGAAUUCUUUAUAUAAAUAUUGCUUCACAGAUGACAAAUUCUGGAAUGCCAGCUUGUCAUAACAAAAUCUAUAGUGUCCUAUUUCCCCAACUUAUCUGCCACCUUGCAAUACAUCAAACAGCUCUUAAGGGGGAUUUCAAAAUAGGUUCGUCGCAUCCAAACUUGAAUGGUAAAACAAAGGAAUUUUGGGGAACUCAGAUCAUCCCAUAAUUUCACAACUCGGUUUGUCUUGGAAAUCAUUGUAUUGGCAUUGUAUAGAUUGUUAUGCCUAUUUUUCUGGUAACCAGUGGGCAACAGCUUAUCACAUAUAGAUUUUAAAAUGUCAGGGUCUGAACUGUUAUAUAGUUUGAAUCUGUUUUUCAAGACUAUGCUUUUUUGCUCAUUGUUUUAGAAAGUACUGGAUGAAUGCCAGGAUCUGAGAGCCUGCCAACUCCUUGUCAAUAGUCGGGUUUUUGGACCUGAUCUAUGUCCAGGAAUCACUAAAUACCUUCUAGUCUCCUUUAAAUGCAAACCUAGUAAGUAAUUUGUAGAACAGGCAAGUGUCAUUUUUGUACUUGUUUUGCUUUUUGUUUUGACUGCAGUGCCGGCACAGACAUCUUUGCAUGAAUCUAUGCGAAGCUCUGAAGUGGAUUCACCCAGUCCUUGUACCAAAGUUUGUGGGUUUUGAUAAGCAUGUUAUUCACCACUUUUCAUAAAAGUUUAUGUCCAUGUGCAAGUGAGUUAUAUCUGGCAAUGUGCACAGAGGUCCGACAGAACCAAAACACUACCCUGCAGCUAUUUUUCAGAAGUGACAUAGUAUCUCUAUCAGCAUUGUCAGAGAAUGUAUGGAAAUGACCCUUCACACAUGCACAUCCAUCAUAAAAGAGCAUAACCCAUCUAGGGAAUAAAAUUUGCUGUACAUAUUAGUUUCUGCUGUAGAUUGUUGGGGGUCUUUAAAAAAAUUCAUUACAAGAUGGGACAUAAAUCAUUAAGGUGAAUGGGGAUAAGUGCAGGUGCCUUUCUAGAAAGGUGGAAACUUCACAGUGCAAUCUAUGCAUGUCUACAGAAGUAAGUCCCAUUGAUUAUAGGAUAGAGACUAGUGUGCCUAUAUAUUUUAUUUACUUCUCAUUAUUUCUAUUUUGUUUUUUUACCAAUGUAAUCAAAAUGGCUUAUUAAUAUAAAAGAGCAAUAAGAUACUAACCGCUGCCCCCCUGCAGAUCUCAAACCGUAGGUUGUCAGGUAUGGGGGAGUUGAGUUUUUUAGGGCUUUGUACAGGAGUACCAAAUAUUGGAUUGGGCCCAGUAAUACACAGGCAGCCGGGACUGAUGAUUUGUUUUCCCAUCUUACUGUCACAUUUAACAACCUGGAAGCAGCAUUCUGCACCAGAUAUAUGAUCUAAUCUUCAAAGUUAGCUCCAUGUAGAGUGUAUUGCAGUAGUCUAAUCACUACUUGCAGUAGUCAAAGUCUUUGGUGCAGAAAAUUCAAAUAACAAACUUUGGGAGCCCAACAUAGAAAAAAGCUCAUUCCAUUAAGGGCAAUGUGACUUAAUUUCUACUUCAUGAAGAUAGUAAUGGCUGGCUUUCUUUCACUAGAUUCUGUCACUGUUUUUUAAAAAACAGCAACACAGAAAACCUAAAUGCCAGUGUAUUUUAUUUAGCAGACUUCUGUCUUUUGAAUGACCUGAAGAAAGUGUUUUGGUGAGUGACUAAUACGGUCAAGCUAAUGCUAUGAAUUUAAUCAGGUUGCACUGCAUUUGAUUUAGAUACAGCUAGAUUUGCAAGCCAACUGGCUGCACAUUUCUCAGAAGUUAGUGCUACCGAGUUCAGUGGGAUGUACUCACAACACAAAUAAGUGUGCAUAGGGUUUUAGACCUAACAACAUUCAUUUUGUUGGUCAAAGCCUUACAUUUCAGAGUUGGCCUCAUUGGAAACCUAGCUGGUAGUAGCCGGUACUUGUGAGUGGGAUAGGGAUACAUAUUGUGAAAGUAGGAAGUCACAUCCUCAUGCAUACCCUGCAGUACAAAUGGUGAUUGCAUUGGAUGCUUUGCAUCCAGAGAUACAUCACAGAAUAUGCAGAUGCAUAUUCUCCAUAUUCAAUCUCUGUGUGGUUCCCAGUUCAGGAAGGGAUUCUGUGUAUAGAUAUACGUUUCUCCUUGGAGAUUUCUCUUGCUGGAUCAGUGUGUAGAUAUCAGUCUUCACCUAAUCAAAGCUGGUUGUGACAAAGCCCCAGUAAAACUAACAAAACAAAUAUGACUAAUAUGAGUCCCCUUGCUCUUGAUGGAGCUUAGUUUUUCUGUGCUUAUAAAUAGACCGAGGGAGGGGGGACGCGCUUCUUCAAUCAUUUGCUUAAUUUCACUUAUUCACUUUAAAUCCAAGUAGUUACUGUUAUUUUUGAGAAUAAUCUCUUGUUAUCUUAUAUUGCAUUAGCCUCAUUCUUUUAUGUUACCCUUUAGGACCAGAAAACAUGUGGAUUCUUUGUCUGCUGGGCAGCAUAUGUAGGGUUCAGGCUGCACAAAUAAUAGGCAGUCAUGAGGGAAAUGCCAAGGACUUUUGAAUGACGUUGUUUCCUGCUGUUGAUAAAAUGUACUUAAAGUUUUUCACAAAUAAACAAAGCCCUUUAGACUGUUACAUUUCACAUUAAAUAAUAAUAAUAAUAAUAAUAAUAAUAAUAAUAAUAAUUUAUUAUUUGUACCCCGCCCAUCUGGCUGGGUUUCCCCAGCCACUAUGGGUGGCUUCCAUAGAAACAAAAAAUACACUAAAAUAUCACAGAUUAAAAAACUUCCCUGAACAGGGCUGCCUUAAUAUGUCUUCUGAAUGACAGGUAGUUAUUUAUCGCUUUGACAUCUGAUGGGAGGGCGUUCCACAGAACGGGCGUCACUACUGAGAAGGCCCUCUGCCUGGUUCCCUGUAGCUUUGCUUCUCACAAUGAGGGAACCGCCAGAAGGCCCUCGGCGCUGGACCUCAGCGUCCAGGCAGGACGAUGGGGGUGGAGACGCUCCUUCAGGUAUACUGGGCCGAGGCCGUUUAGGGCUUUAAAGGUCAACACCAGCACUUUGAAUUGUGCUCGGAAACGUACUGGGAGCCAAUGUAGGUCUUUCAAGACCGGUGUUAUGUGGUCUCGGUGGCCGCCCCCAGUCACCAGUCUAGCUGCCACAUUCUGGAUUAGUUGUAGUUUCUGAGUCACCUUCAAAGGUAGCCCCACGUAGAGCGCAUUGCAGUAGUCCAAGCGGGAGAUAACUAGAGCAUGCACCACUCUGGCGAGACAGUCCGCGGGCAGGUAGGGUCUCAGCCUGCGUACCAGGUGGAGUUGGUAGACAGCUGCCCUGGAUACAGAAUUGACCUGCGCCUCCAUGGACAGCUGUGAGUCCAAAAUGACUCCCAGGCUGCACACCUGGUCCUUCAGGGGCACAGUUACCCUAUUCAGGACCAGGGAGUCCUCCACACCAGCCCGCCCCCUGUCCCCCAAAAACAGUACUUCUGUCUUGUCAGGAUUCAACUUCAAUCCAUUAGCCGCCAUCCAUCCUCCAACCGCCUCCAGGCACUCACACAGGACCUUCACCGCCUUCACUGGUUCUGAUUUGAAAGAGAGGUAGAGCUGGGUAUCAUCUGCAUAUUGAUGGACACCCAGUCCAAACCCCUGAUGAUCUCUCCCAGCGGCUUCAUAUAGAUGUUAAAAUGCAUGGGGGAGAGGAUGGAACCCUGAGGCACCCCACAAGUGAGGGCCCAGGGGUCUGAACACUCAUCCCCCACCACCACUUUCUGAACACGGCCCAGGAGGAAGGAGCGAAACCACUGUAUAACAGUGCCCCCAGCUCCCAGUCCCUCUAGACGGUCCAGAAGGAUGUUAUGGUCGAUUGUAUCAAAGGCCGCUGAGAGAUCCAGCAGAACUAGGAAACAACUCUCACCUUUGUCCCUAGCUCGCCGGAGAUCAUCAACCAGCGCGACCAAGGCAGUUUCAGUCCCAUGAUGAGGCCUGAAUCCCGAUUGGAAGGGAUCCAAAUGGUCCGCAUCCUCCAGGCGUGCCUGGAGUUGUUCAGCAACCACGCGCUCAAUCACCUUGCCCAAGAAUGGAAGAUUUGAGACUGGGCGAUAGUUGGCCAUACUGGCCGGGUCUAAAGAUGGUUUUUGAAGAAGCGGUUUAAUGACCGCCUCUUUCAGCGGAUCUGGGAAUGUUCCCUCACAGAGGGAAGCAUUCACCACCCCACAGAGCCCAUCGCCCAGCCCUUCCCGGCUUGCUUUUAUUAGCCAGGAUGGGCAAGGAUCAAGGAGACAGGUGGUUGGUUUCACGCGUCCAAGCAGCCUGUCCACAUCCUAGGGGGUAACAGAUUGAAAUUGAUUCCAUGCAACUUGACCAGACAGAGCUCUAGCACUCUCCCGCCCCAGCCCUGCUCCCACGGUGGUGUCUAGCUCCUUCCGAAUAUGAGUGAUUUUAUCUGCAAAAAACUUUGCAAAAUCGUUGCAGGAGAUCUUGGGGUCUUUACAAGGCCCCGGUGGUAAAGGUGGUUCCGUUAAAUUGCGAACCACCUGAAAGAGUCUCCUGCUACUAUUUUCUGCAGAUGCAAUAGAGGCGGUGAAGAAAGUCUUCUUCGCCGUCGCUAUCGCCACUUGGUAGGCUCAACGUUGAGCUCUAACCUGUGUCCGGUCAGAUUCGGAGUGAGUUUUCUGCCACCGACGCUCUAGCCGUCUCAGCGAUUGUUUCAUCGCCCUCAGCUCCAAAGAAAACCACGGGGCUGUCCGGGCUCCAUGCAAUCGGAGAGGGCGCUUCGGAGCCAGACAGUCGAUAGCCCUGGUUAACUCCGCAUUCCAGCGGGCCACCAGGGAAUCAGCUGAAAGGCCAUCAACAUGGGAUAAAGCAUCCCCUACCACUCUCUGGAAACCAUUUGGAUCCAUUAAGUGGCGGGGCGGACCAUCCGGAUUGGUCCCACCUCCCUGCAGAGGGAAGGGUCGCGGAGAAGUCCAGUUGCACCAGGAAGUGAUCUGACCAUGGCACUUCUUUUGUUUCACUUUUACUUAGUGUCAGAUCACCCACGUCACUAGAGGUGAACACCAGGUCUAAGGCAUGUCCAUGACUAUGAGUUGGGCCAAACUUAUUCAGGGACAGCCCCAUGGAGGCCAUGCUUUCCACGAAGUCCCGAGCAGCCCCUUGUAAGGUCGUGUCGGCAUGGAUGUUAAAAUCCCCUAGGACAACCAAACUAGGUGUCUCCAGGAGAAAAUCCGCCACGACCUGAAGCAGCUCGGACAGGGAAUCCUUGGUGCAGCGGGGAGGUCAGUACACCAAAAGGAAUCAUGUACUAUUGUACUAUUGCCCAACUUCCAGAACAUGCACUCAGAAAACUGGAUCUUCCCAGCAGGACACCUGGUGCAAGCUAGUGACUUCCUAAAAAUCACUGCAACCCCCUCUCCCCGCCCACAUGACCUGGGUUGCUGUGCGUAAGAGAAACCUGGUGGGCAAGCAGCGGCAAGGACAGGCCCAUCUGCUUCCUCCAACCAGGUCUCUGUCACACAUGCCAGGUCAAAUCCUCCAUCCACAAUCAGGUAGUGGAUGGCAGUGGUUUUAUUCAUCAUUGACCUGGCAUUACACAGCAACACCUUCAGGUCAUGUGGGUUUCCCCUGUUGAUUCCAGUAUCCAUCCGGUCAAGGCCAGACCCGGAGGCAGGGAUAGUCUUCAAACAACAACUAAACCUGCCUCCUCGGUAAUGACAUGGUCUGGUCUUAGCGUAACUCCGCCUCCUGCCCAUGAUCACCGAGAUCGGAUGUCCCAGUGCUUCCCCCCCUGUGGAACUUGUCCCAGCGAUCGUGUUGGCUGCGGCCCCACCCCUUAAAACAAAACACAAACUAUACAGAACCAAUAAAACAACAACAACAAAAAGAACAGAACAAUUAUACUAAAAUUAAUCCCCAACCAAAUAUCCAUCCCACCCACCCACCCCCAACAAAGGAAAAAAGGAAAAAAAGAAAUAAAAAUUUAAAUUGCCACCGACUGCUUGAGGACAUUUUAAAGCACAUUAACCACCUGGAACAGGGAAGCAAUGGCAGAAUAACUGAUUUUUACAUCUCUGGAAAACGGUUCUUAAAAACAUUGACUUGAAACUAAAUCCCUUUGGUUUCCAUAGAAUUUGCUUUCAGGUGGAUGUGUUUGGGAUAGUGUCUUUUCACCAGUUUCAUCUUAAUACUUAUCACCUAUAUCCUGUGAUAUGGCCAAAGGUUAAACUCCAUAUCUGCCUCCAUACUCAUAGCUCUUCCAGAUGAACAAAUUCCUUGGCAAGAUUACCACUGCAGCGGAAAGUUUUUUUGUGCAGGAAGAAAGCAGAGUUGUCCUCCAAAAGGACAUUGAGUCUAAUACACCAACCCCUCCCCAUCUUUACUCUUAGCUGCUCCAUACAAGAACUUUCGAAGAGCAGGGAUCAUCAGAUGAGGAGGUAGAAAGGGAGAAGGACCAUCCAAAUCCUAUAAUUUGAGAGUGUCUCUUACAAAACCUUGUCUUGUCCCAAUAAGAUUCUUCCCCCACCCCCAGCCUCUCAAAAGUAGAUUGAUUUCUAAAUGAGGGCCAAAAGAAUUAUCUCCAUAAGGAGAUUAGCCAUAAAGCUGCUAUGUUCAGGUGUUAUUUAAUCCUGGAUACCUCUAAGAUUUAGGCACAAUGAACAUUAUUUAGGGAGCCUGGUUAUAUUAUUAGAAUUCAGUUCUAUCCCAAGUGCAUUUUCUGACAUUCCUUUGAACCACCCUUACCUUUAUUAUUAAGACAUAAAAUUUAUCUAACUAAAUAUUUAAGUUAGAUUCAGGAUAAUAUAUGUUAAGAAUGUAAGAAGAGCCUUGCUGGAGCGGACAGGUUGUCUAUCUUGUCUAGCACCCUGUUUCCAACAGUGCACAGAUAGAUGCCUCUGAGAAGCCUAAAAGCAGGACAUAAAGACAACAGUCUCCCCACAUCUUAUAUCACCAGCACCACUCAUAGAUUUCUCUUCCCCAACCUGGUGUCCUUGAGAUGUUUAGGAUUGCAACUCCCAUCAGCCACAACUGCAAUACCUCAAGGAUCACCCCUCCCCAUAUAAACUGAUUUGGCCCUGUGAUCAUCAUCUGAGCCCCUUUUUUGUGUGCCUUGUCCACAAGAGGUCUGGAGAGUGGCAACAUGAGAAGAGGCCUUUUCUGUGGUUGCUCCUCAUCUGUAGAAUGUUCUCCUCAGGGAGGCUUGCCUGGCGCCUUCAUUACACAUAUUUAGGUGCCAGGUGAAAACAUUUCUCCUUAACCAGGCCUUUUGGCGAUUAACAUUCUAUGUCCUUUUAAAUGUGUUUGUAAGAAGGGGGUUAGUGGUUUGUUCUUGUACUUGUUUUUAUUAUGUAUUUUGUGUUCUAAUUUUGUAUUUCUAUGUUGUGAACUGCCCUGCGAUCUUCAGAUGAAGGGCGGUAUAUAAAAUUAGUGAAUAUUAUUAUUAUUACUAUCCGGCUGGCAACUGUAGCCCAAAACAUCUGGAGGGCACAAGGAGAAGGAAGGCUGGUCAUCUCCUUUUCUGCAUAGUUUUAUAUGCAUUUUUGGCAAAGCUGCACAUUUUUGUAAGCAAUUUUUUCCAAGAUAAUGUGUUUUUCUAUGUUGCUUUCACAAAUAAAUUCAUUUUUAUACACACUUUCCCCUAAUAUAUGCGGUUUUGUGAAUGUCAUUUGGAAAACCGAAUGACAAAACUUGGAUAAGUGCUCAUUUUGAAGGAUGCCUGUGUUUCGGUACUCGUUGUUUUGGAAAGUGUGGGCUUGAUCAAUUCUGCUUUAAAUGCAAAGAAUAGAAUUUCUUCCCCAUCCCUAACCGUAAGAACUUCAUCUCAAAGGUGGCUAUACAGAUAUAUCUGGAAAUGAACUCCAUUGGUGGGGGAAAUGAAGUUUACUUCUGAGUAGACAUAUAUAGGAUUGCACUGUAAAUUUCUUAAGCAAGUCAUGUUCUUUAGCUUCAGAGGCCAUAAAUAAAUAAAUAAAUGGUUUGACAAACUGUUGAGGCACCUAUGGCUGAGGUGGUCAGCUCUGCCCAAUUUGCUAGUUUGUUUGGUUGUUUAUGUCAGGGGUAAGGAACCUUUGCCUCUCCAGAUGUUGUUGGACCCCAGCUGAGAUCAGCCUUCAGCCAGGCUGGACAGUAGUCAGUGAUGAUUGGAGUUGGGCUCGACCAACAUUUGAAGGGCCACAGGUCCCCUAUCCCUAGCUUCUGUUUUUAUUCUCCCACACUGGAGGUAGGAUUCCCCCCCCCCCCAGCCAGCUUACAAAAAUGCAACAAAAAUAACAAAAUAUAAAACAAUAAAAGAACAUACAAUAAAACAUUGUAUAAAAGUAGCCACACAAAACACAGAAAUCAAAUGCAUAACACAAUGGACAAUAGCGUCAUAGUAAACAACAAAGAAUUCUAGCAGCAUUUGACAGCCAUGGCAUCCAGUUACAUUUUGUGGGGCGGGGCAGGUUUUCACUGCAUGCUCAAAGUAAGCACUGACUGAGCUUGGCUGGGUUCUUUUGGGAGGUUAUGCCAUAAUCACCACCUCUCAACUGAAAAGGCUUUUUGUGGAUCCACCUCAGGUCAAAUGACUUAGGAAGUAUGUGAGCAUAUUAAACAAGUAAAUUGAGAUAUUAUGGGGAGUGGGCAGCAGGGAACAUCACAAAAAGAUUGCACUUUCAGCAGUGAUCGUAGGUUGUUUUUGUAAAUGGACCAGACUAACAACCAGACUAACUCCCCACCAAUAAGCAGUGUUUUUCUCUUUCCUUUGCAGCUGAAUAUAAAACCAGAUUAGUGUGUGAGAAUGAAGAACUGAAACUCCACUGUAAAGAGUCGAAAUUCCUUAACAUCUAUUCUGCCUCAUAUGGCAGGGCUGCACACAAGGAGGACACCUGUGCUACAGAAACGGGCCGCUUCCCUCAGUUUGGUAGGUUGACAAAAGAGUAUCUGUGUUAGGUCAGAUUCACUGGCAAUGACCACUGGCAUCCCCCAACCUGAUGGCCUCCGUAUAUUUUGAACUACACUCCCACCAGUCCAGCAAAGCUGACUGGAGUUGCAUUCUAAAACAUCUGGAUGGGGAAGGCUGGAAUAGUGGGUUAAACCACAGAGCCUAGGACUUGCCGAUCAGAAGGUUGGUGGUUCGAAUCCCUGCGACGGGGUGAGCUCCUGUUGCUCGUCCCGACUCCUGCCAACCUAGCAGUUCAAAAGCACAUCAAAGUGCAAGUAGAUAAAUAGGUACCACUCUGGCAGGAAGGUAAAUGGUGUUUCCGCGCACUGCUCUGGUUCGCCAGAAGCAGCUUAGUCAUGCUGGUCACAUGACCCGGAAGCUGUACACCGGCUCCCUUGGCCAAUAAAGCGAGAUGAGCGCUGCAACCCCAGAGUUGGUCACGACUGGACCUAAUGGUCAGGGGUCCUUUACAUUUACCUUUACAGCUAAGCUGUAUGAAUGUAUGCUUGCGAACACCAUUACCCUGAUUUUUGGACAGGAACUAUAGACAUGGAAAAUAAUUAUUUUAAAGGCAACCUAGCUAAAGUUCUAACACUUUUGUUUAGCAUGCCAGGGCACUGUCUUGGAAAACUAUGGUAAAAAAAAUGCAGGAUUCAGUUCUUAGUUAAUAUUUAACUGUUUAACAGGAUUCAGGAUUUCAGCCAGAGUGCUGCUUGUUUAUGCCUUAGUUCCAAGUAUGUGGCAUGGAUGCAUUUAGUCCUAUUUUCAGCAUAUUACGAGACCAAAAUAUACACACAGCUUGUUCAAAACCAUCUGGGUUUUGAUGACAACAAAAACCCAUGUGGGAAUUACUGAUGACAUAGGCCUAGUUCCCAGGGCCAAAUCAGGCCACAGAGGCCCCCUGAUCAGAUUUCCUGCUGUCUCUUUACAUUUUGGAAAAAGCUUGAAGGUUAUGUCUGCAUGCAGAAAGUUGUUCUGUGAAGCAUCUCCAUGUUCCUGCUUUUGCCUAAUAUAGAGGUUGAGAAGGAACCCCUUAUUUUUUCUCCCCUCUUUUAGAAAAUGGCUGGCUGUCAGAGGAAUUUGGGGCAGAGAUACAUAAUGCCUGAAGUUGUGUUAAAGGAAGUCUGUGCCCAUGUGGUAUUAGUAAUAACAAUGAUCAAUUCGUUUUCAAACAGGAGAAGGGGGAUGAAAUGAUGAGAUCCAAAAAAGAAUGUGUAUGAAAGGAACGCAAGCUUUUUUCUUGAGGGUACGAUGACGUCACAAAAACAUAAGGGAAUUAUUCUCCAGAUAUCUGGGGCGGUUGCUCCUGCUGCCUGAACAUUAUUUUGACAAAAUAUGCCAUGUAUAAUAUUUAUAAGUAGGUCCCUCAUGCAUCUGCUUACACAGCAAAACUUUAACUACAGUUGUACCUUGGUUUUCAAAUUUAAUCCAUUCCAGGAGGCCGUUCGAAAACCAAGGUGCUGCAUCCUGCAGCCAAUCAGAAGCUGCACCAAACGUUCGACUUCCGAAAAUUGUUCGAAAACCAGAACAUCACUUCUGGAUUUCGAUCGUUUGGGAGCUGAAACGUUCAAGUUCAAAGGCAUUCUUCGGCUUCCGAGGUUCCACUGUACUUGAGUGAAGCCGAGAUGAACAUGAACGUUUGUAUGUUACUUUCACCACAUUUGCUUGCUAUAGGCUCGGCUGCACCAGCUCAUGCACCAAGUGGACAGCUACAUCUGUCUAUCAAGGUUUCCGUUUCCUUUUGCUGCCCCAGCCUAGCAUUUGGCUGGAUAGCCAUCGAUAUGUGCUCAUUGGCAAGGCCGCUCCAGAUCUUUCAUGGAUUAUUUUCUCUCUAUGGACUAUAAGGACCAUACUUGCCUAGCCCAUAAGAAGAUUGUAAGGCUCAGUGCAUGAAAUGAAUACCUUGGAGAACCAGGCAAGCUGGCACAUGUGCAUAUUAACGUAUUGCUUAUAAAAGUGAAGGGGGAAAAUGGAAUUCUAUGUUAACAGGAAGCAGGGUAAUAAAAAAUCAAGGCUUGGUUACUUUGACUUCAUGGUCUACACAAAUUACCUCCUCUCUACGCCAAACAUUAUAGCCUGCCAACUGUUCUAAACUUGGCUUGGCCAAGUUCUUGUCUCUUGUGUUCAUCACCCUGCUUUCAAACCAAUCAUUUUCCCAAUAAGGCACAAGAUUUAAAAGACAAUUUAUUGGCCAGCGAAAAUGAAAUACGAUGCCAAGCUGAGAGAAUGGGAAAAGUUUUAGGUUCCCAUAUGUUCCUGAAGCUAUAAAUUGUUCUGGUUAAUAUUACAAAUGCUUGAAGGAAAGGUUAUGCAAAAGACAAUAUAACCUGUGAAAAGGAUCAUGUUCAGGGGCCAAACUAGACCUGAUGUUAAAAAAGCAUGAUUGCAUUUAACAAGUAUUAUUUUAUCCUUUCAAAUGCCUCAAACAUUAUAUCCCACUAUUUGAAGUGUUGUUGUUUUUCCAUAUUUGAUUUGCUUCUUAAAGCUCCCAGGUCCCAAGUAUGGUGAGCCCACGAAUAUGCAAGCUUUUAUUUUUAUUUUCUAGGAAAUUUCUAGCACCAAGAUUUAGUCUUAGAGAAACAUUUUUUAAACGGAUCAACAAGCAGCAAGGGAAACAGUUUAAAUCACAUGAAUAUUGUUUGUUCUGUUUAGUAACACGGCUAUUUGGGAUGAACUUCUUUUUAAUUAUAUCCUUCUUUCCAGCAUCACACAGUUGUCACUGCAUGAUAUGCAGUGCACACAUGUGAAUGUGUGGAGUGCCCAAUCUUUGCUGUACAGUUGGCUCUGGCUAGUCCAUUGAAUUGAAAGCUUUUGUGCACUACAGAACAGAAAGAGAAGUCUACCAGUGUUUGAAAUGGGAGAGGCUUUCAGAAUCGAAGAGAAGGAUUGCCAGUCUCAUUAAACUCUACACAAUUUAUGGCUCCAGCAGCUCUGAAUAAUUUGCAUGUCAAAACGUGUCUAAAAUAAAGCCAAUUAGUACCUGAAAAGAACUUUCCUUCAGAAACAACAGACUCCAAUCUGUUCAAUAGCAGCUCAAGUCAGAGCUGAUAUUUUACAGCCAUGUUUUGGAAAUGCUUUUAUGACCUCGUCUUUUCAGUGUCAGAUGGAUUCAUGUCCACUACAUAAAAAAACACCAGCAUUGCUUGGCACCCUUGUGGUUAGUAACCACUGAUCACAGAAGCAAGGCAGCAGAUUAAAAGAGGUUAGACAAUGGACUGUGCUCUCACUCCUGCAGUGAUCACAGAAGUCAAUAUGUUCCUACCAUUAUUGUGUGUGUGUUGCCGUCUCCCUUCAUUUUGGCAUUGAAAUAACGACUCUCUGAAACUUACCCUGUGAAUUUCUGAGCCCUAAUCCUAGUCAAAUCACUUGACUUCAUAGAUUUCCUCGGCCAAAUCUACGAUCAAAGAUAGAUAUACACUCUAUAUCUAUCAAAGAUAGAUAUACACUCAUAUACAACACCGUCGGAUCAGACAGGACAGGGGUAGCCAAUGUGGUGGCCUUUAGAUGCUGCUGACUAAAACUCCCACCAUCCCUGGUCAGUGGCCGUGCUGGCAAGGCCUGAUGGGAGAACAUCUGGAGGCCACCAUGUUGACUUCCCCUGAAAUAGCAAGAUGCAAUGCAUAAAAAGGGCAUGUGUUGCUGAGUCCUGGUGUGUUUGUAGUCUGCCUCCCAAAUUCUCAGAGCUGCAUUAGGGUUGCCCACCUGCACCUGUCCAAACUUGAGGCGUCAUUCUCCUGUUCUGGAAGAUCUGCUUAUCUCAAGAGACUAAAGAGAAGGAAGUAAGAAGGAGAAGACGGGGGAAAGUUGGCAUUACUCCAGAUCUUCCAGUAAUUUGGGUUUGUUUUUUGGUUUGCUUGUUGCACGGGUGUGUGCAGGGGGGUGGGGAGGCAAAAUUUGAUGCCUCUCUCAGCUCUCACACUGCCUUCCCGAGCUGGCUAAGUGAAGUGCUGGGCUUUGGGAAGGUGUGAGGCACUGGCAGGGUCCUGGGGCCCUCCCACAUCCUUCCGAAAGCUGGGAAACUGCUAACUAGGCUUUGGGAAGGAGGAGCGAAGACUCUUGGACCCUGUCACAGCCUUCACAUUGAGCCAAGCUAUUACUGCAAUGAGUAGGUUUCUUGAGUUAGCACUGUGUUUGUAACAGCAAGUAUAUAUUUCCAAGCACACUUGUAUAUAAUAGCUCCUUUCUUUGAACAAGUCAUUGGUAUCUAUAUUUGUAUGACAGUUUUUUUAAAAUUUCUCCCACAUUUCAGAUUGCUUUUCCUACUCAGCUUUAGCAGUAUUAUCUAAAAUGUGUUACGGGAAACAGAGGUGCAAAAUCUUUGCUAACAACCAUAACUUUGGAAGACCAUGCCUGCCUGGUGUGAAAAAAUAUCUCAACGUCAGCUAUGCAUGUGGUAAGAAAAAUUACAUUACAAUUUUUUUUACAUUAUAAAAUCUGGAUUUUAUAAUGCCAGAUUGAGAAAUCCACAUGUAUAUAAAGAGGCAUUUGUUUCUAAAUCUGGGCUUCAGCUUACACCUGUGAUCUGUAUCAUUCCCAUCUUUUAACACCAGAGUUGGGUACAUUCAUACAGUUACAGAUUUAUAGUACCCAGUUACUAUUAAUAAAACCUUGAAAAGAAUAAAAGAUGAAAGUAAAUGUAUUAGCAAAAAUAUUGCCCACCCGCAAAAUGUUGUUCAGUGACAAUUAGUGUGAAUGUAUGCGUGUGAGGGUUCCAAGGGAGGAGAUUGCAGCUGCAGCCCUUCCAUCCCAUCUUCCUCCUGCUACUCUGCCAUGAGCUAAGGCAAGGCUUGUCUUGCUCCAAGCAAACCACAAGCUGCAAAUCACUCUUGGUUAUACAUCUUGGCUGGUCAGAAGUAAGACAUACCAUGAACCUGGUUUCAGAUGAUACACCAAGUCAAACUAUAGCUUAGCUCACAGCAGCGUUUAUAAUGUUUGAGGUAUUUUGUGUUUAAAUAUCUUAUGGUAGCUGCUCGGAGUGGUUGGGGUAACCUAGUCAGAUGGGUGGCUCAUCAUCAACAUCAUCAUCAUCAUCAAUUCAGUCCAAAGUGUUCAAUUUGUUGACCAGAGGACAAUAAGUGUAUGUUAAGGGAAAGAGCAGGACGCGGGUGGCGCUGUGGGUUAAACCACAGAGCCUAGGACUUGCCAGUCAGGUUGGUGGUUCGAAUCCGCGCGAUGGGGUGAGCUCCCGUUGCUCGGUCCCUGCUCCUGCCAACCUAGCAGUUCGAAAGCACGUUAAAGUGCAAGUAGAUAAAUAGGUAGGAAGGUAAACAGCAUUUCCGUGCGCUGCUCUGGUUCGCCAGAAGCGGCUUAGUCAUGCUGGCCACAUGACCCGGAAGCUGUACGCCGGCUCCCUCGGCCAAUAAAGCGAGAUGAGCGCUGCAACCCCAGAGUCGGUCACGACUGGACCUAGUGGUCAGGGGUCCCUUUACCUUUACUUUUAAGGGAAAGAGCAUGUAUUCUGCAGUGUAUUGAUUUUGCAAUCACACACACACACACACACACACACACACACAGAAACUAUCAAUCACAUUUCUCUUUCUCUCUCUCUCACUUGAUUAAUUUCAAAUAUGUUUCCUGCCAUGAUAAUUUGAUGCAGCCUGGAGCAUUUGCAAAUGAUUUGAUGCUUUAACUGUUUUCCACAUGGCCUAAUGGCUUUGGGUAAGGCAGAGUUUUGGAAUGUGUGAGAUGCCACACACACCAGUGGGGGCUUGUGUUGACAGACUUCCAGGGAAUGAAUGCAAUAAUUACUGUAAGCAAGUCUGUUCAUAGACGUUUCUGAUCAUAGCAUUAAGUUCGCUUUUCCUUUGUUGGUGUCUGCAGAUGAAGAUUAAUGCAUAGCAAGUGGCAAGGUCAAGUUCUUUUGUCUCUAGAGUCAGGAGAGAGAAAAUACUGAAAGCACUUUGGACUAAAAAGAGCAACGCAUUUAAGUAUCAGUGCUGUUUAUUUUUAGGUUUCUUUUCAGAGUGUUAUUUAUUGUCUAGCAGCCAAUUUUCUUCUUCGGUUUUUGAAGCCCUGUUUUAACUUACCCACCUUUAUAUGUAAUUUUUAAAGGGAUAAAUAGAUCCAUUCAUCCCAUCUUAAGAACUGCAGAUUCCAGUGGGUGGGCUGCAUCAAAACUGGGUGUGCCGCUCAAAUGGACUGUAAAACAGAUUAUGCAGGGCUGCUGAUUGGGCUGAGCCACCUGGAACAGCUAUGGGGCGGAGGUGGGUAAUACGGGCUUCACUAUCUACACACACUAUAGGCACGAUAGAUGUCUGCUGAAGGUGUUGAGUCAAGUAUAGUUGACAUAAACUCUCAAAUGGGAAUGGGAGGGAAUGUUUUCUUUCUAAAUUCCACGACUCAUAGCCUUAACCUAUGCCAGCAGCUCACCUUUUUAAUUACUACAGCUUAGAGCAUAGAUUCCAGAACUGUGUUUUGCACGCCGGUGUGUCAUGAGAGGUGCUGGAAUGUGCCCUGAAAACUUAAUCCAGCACAUUGAAUGCAUUGACUGUUCUGUGGCCUGUGGAGCAAGGAGGUCCCAUAGUGAAGCUUUGAUCCUCCUCCUUUCCACCAAAAUAUGAACUGUGAGUCACCAAAUCCCAAGGAAGGGGUGCAGCUGAUAGGUAUGGGUGAAUUCUAGCACCAUCCAGAAAACUCUGUCCUCCCAACCUUGAGCCCUGAUGGAUUAACUAAAGGGUGGGAGACAAGAGGCUAUAUUAACUGGACUAUAUUAACUGGACCCUGAAAUUCCAAGGAGAAGACCUGCCUAUUGUUUUGGGAGCCGAUUAAACAUAUGUGCAAUGUAUAUGUAAAAUUUAGACAUAUCUGUAAAAUUUAAGCACAUAUUAAAUGUACUUCUGGUUUUAGUCCAAAAAGGUGAAUCCCACAUAUCAAAAGUGUGAAAAACCCUGCUCUAAAGACAUUGCGCUAUUCCACACGAUAUUCAAAAGCCAAGCCAAAACAAGAGGGGAUUUGCAACAGAAUGUUGCCGUGUGUAGUGGGGGGCUGCUAUUAUUGCACAUGCUGGACUUCCAUUGAGCCUGUAAUUGCUCUCUUGUGUCUGGGUGGUGCUGUUUUUGUUGCAUAAGGAAAGGCACUCAGGUAAUUGAGUUGACUAUUAAUAUUAUAGGAUCACUCACACAUUUUAAAAGCACUUUAGCAAUCAUUCAGAAAUCUUUGCCCAAGGCAUUUUAUGUACAUUACCACCAUUGACAAGUUAUGGUUUCCCCAUUUUACUCCCUCCAUCUAGUGUGAAUGAAGGCACUCUCCACACCUGACUUCCUACCCCAGAUGCUAGUCCAGACUGCCCUGCAAUAAAACUAGGACUCAGUUCAAUAAAACAACAAAACAACAAUUGGAAGUCAAACCAGAAUUAGCUUAAUUAAAUAUAUUUCAAGACAACAAUUUGGAUUUACAUAAUAAAGAACUAAUAAGUCAUUUAUUACAAGCAUUGAAAUGCAAUAUAACCAGAGACUGGAAAUACCUUUUGGGCACAACAGACAAUUGGUAUAGACCAGUUUGAGAAACUGCCCUCCUUGAAAGAUUAUCCAAUAAACUACUGUUGACACAUGGACAAAUUAAGAAAGAUGGCUUUAUACCAGUGUGGAUUAAUUUCAGAAAAUGAACAAUCCCCCAUCAGCAUUUUGCUCAAUCUGGUUGAUCUAAAUUUAAACUUAAACAUACAUUAUUAUAUUCACUUUGAAUCCCUCCCCCCGUUCAUCAAUAUAGCAACACUUUAUGUUGCUUCACUGGUAACAUAAGAGGAAAAAUGGUCAUUACUCAUACUUAAUCUAAGCAAAACCACAAGGGCUCCUGAUUAGGCAUUUAGCUGCUGUGUGAUGUUGACUGUUAUCUGUUAACUUUGCUCUAUCCUGUUUCCCCCUUUGUUUUUGUUUAAACCAAUUAACAAAACAAUAACUUAUACAUUGAACCAUAUGUUAUAGAUAUUACUGCAAAUUUAUUAUGCUAUGUUUGUGAUAUACCAGUGGCAAGAGAAGACUUGGUCUAUUUAUUUGUAUCAUAUAUUAUUCCUAUGAUCCUUGUUUACAGAACCUGAUUGAAAAUUAUUAUUAUUUUAUAUAUAAAAAACACCUAGGAUGUAAUUCUGUUAUAAUGUAAUUUGUGACUGGAUGGCAGUGAUAACCUUCAGCUUUAUUUGACCAUCUCCGACACUCCUUCAUUCCUCUCCUCUCCCUUCUGAUAUUUUUCUUCAGGAUUGUAUGCCACUUUUUCUAAUCACUUUAUUGCUCUUUUUUGAUGAGAAAGCUGCAUUUAGUAUUACAAUCAUAUACAAGCAAGGGAAAUAAUUUAGCUUGGAAAAGAGUGCAUGUAACCUAGAGAGUCUGUGUGCAUUGUCAAAAUGUCAAAACAACUAUGAUAAAAGAUAAUGCCUGACUUCCAAGCAGUGUGGGAAAAAAUCUGACACCUGAAGAGCUAGUCAUAUACAUGAUAUGUGCACCCUUUUUAAUCUUUGUUGGAAGAAUGUGAAAUAUUUCCAAAUUAACAUCCCAAAAAUGCAUUGGGGCAGACAUGGAUUGAAGAAAAAUGUUCACUGUCUGCUUGGACUGAUAGCUAUUCCACUUUGGAGUUAUAAUUGCCUAAGGGUGUGUGUAUGAAUAGCGGGGAGAGGGCCCUGCCGAUUGUUAAGUGCCAAACUACAUGUUGCAAUGGAGAAGAGAAGAUGUAGAAUUAAACAGCAGCUAGCUGAAAUGCAUGAGUCCAUUUCUUUAUGAGUCUCAGGCCUAGUCAUUUUAUCCAUGGCACUGCAGACCAGAUGUCGUUUUCUUGUCUUUGUGGCCUAAUCCACAUGGUAAGCCGUGAACAGUGUGCUUAUUUGGUGAAAGCCACCAUGUGGACCAAUGGCACCUGUAAGGGUCAUGUGCUCACGACGUAGAUCCUAAAAUGAAGUUGGGCUUCAUGCUAAAUAUACACACCUAGAUGGCACCACUGAAAACAGUUAGACUUACUUCUAAGGAGACAUGCAUUUCACUGUUACAGUCUUGAUGUUUCAGAGUCUUUAGUAUUUGUGGCACCACAUUUUUAUUCUAUUACAGCGUCUUCGGGGACUAAAAUAAUCCGUCUCAGAGCCACAGGUCACAUCAUAAUAGAGGUGUCACAGCCAUUCUAAAAGCAUCCUCAAUGUGUUUAGCCAAACUAAUUACAACUCUUCAUGAUCAAGUUUGGAGGAAACAUUUUGUCAAUUUGAAGAGGAAGCCAGCUGACUGGUGUAGCACUGUCUAGCCCAGUCUUCCCCAACCAGGUGCUCUCCAGAUGUUUUGUUCCUAUCAGCUCGGGGAAGGCUGGGCUAGGCUAUCUGAUGCCACCAGGAACUCCUGCUUCGCUGCAUCAGAGUACAUUUCCCCAUUUUUAAAAAGCCGCCCCACCAAAAAAAAGACAAAUUAAUUGAUAAACACAUGUUGUGCUCCCCCCUCCACAAAGCAUGGGAGUUGGGAGAGGGAAGGACUGAUUUGCAGACACCUGUCUCUUCGGCUGCAAAGCUGGGAGAAAGCCAGGCUAGUCUGGUGGGUGAGGGAUGCGUUAUGUUAUGAGCUCUCUCUUCAUACGAUGCCUGUCUUGACCCUAACAGGAACUCUCGGACUAUUCACAGCACAGCUUGUGUUGGAGACAAUGGAUACAGAGAAUUACUAAUAGAGCAUGACUUCCCUAUUGAUGGUGCGCUGAAGAUGUGGCUCUUGAAACAAAGGCAGACUCAUGUGGUGGCACCUUAUAAUGAAAUGUUUCUGAGCUUGUUUCUGUCUCAGUUCGGCAAGGGAGAUGUGUGCACAGAAGUGCUGCAUGCCUCGUAAGCUGUGUCAGAUCAGUGCUGUUUUUGCUAGACUGAGCACCUAUUUGGAGAGUGGGGCUGCUCUAUUUAGUGUCCUUCUCCUUCCCCCUCCCCAGCAGUUGAAUGGUGCUGUUACACACCAUCUCUUUCCUUGGGAGACAGAUUUGUGUGCAGAGCCUUAUGAACAGCCUACAGCUUCAGGCUGGGAUUUGUGAAUCUGAAGGAUAAGAACUUUUCAGAAUUGACACCCAUCCCUGGGGAAAAUAAGCAGCCAGUGUCCUUGGCAUAUCUAGACCUAUUUCGUUGCCUAAUAUGGAGAAUGGUAUCUUGACGGGACUAUUCAGGGUGGGGAGUGAAAUGUGGUAUCUGGCAGUUAAUGAUGGUUUGGGGUUUUUUGUCUUACCUAAAGUUGAUUAACCGUUUUGCCUCACCCAAUGAAUAAUGCUUCUGUUGAUGUCAAGUGCUUUAAAAUAUUAGCGUAUAAUAUCUUUUCUUUUCUUAAAAUUUGCAGUUCCCAAAUUCAUAUUUGCAGCAGUUGAUCCAAUGGUUAAUCUAAACCCUUCUUGGAAGCCAAAAGAAGGUGAAUAUGGUCAUUUUUAUGGAUCGCUACCAGCAUUUGUCUUUUAAGUAAGACCCUACAAUGGUUUGAUCAUAUAACAUGUAAAAAAUAGAAUAUACUACCAACCAAGUGAAAUGAGACCUUAGCAGGCAUUUCAAAUCUAGGCGGCAGAAAACACCAGGUUCAGUUACUAACAUUGCCAGAUAAAAUGGUAUCAGGACAAACACAUUUUUUCCUAGAGUUAGGCCUCUUGAAUUAAAUGAUUCAUUAACAUCUCUAGGAUAAAGUUACUUUUUAAAAAAGAACUCGUAUUUGACUUGAGAUCACAGAGAAUCAUGGGGAUUUUAAAAUUAAGAGCUCCUUUUGGGCAGGAUAUAAAAAAAUCAUUUGGUUAACUUACACACACAUUUUCUAACAAUUUUUAAAGUACUUUGCUGGCCCUCAGCUGUGAUCUAAUCUAACAAACCUCUCAUUUGUUUUUAUCAGGUAUAAGUUUUGACCCAAAAGAAUCAAGAUUUCCAAAGAAAGAAGGAAUUAUAGUUAGCAACAGUUUGGCUAUGUUUGCUUACAUUAAAGGUAGAAAUUGUGUGUUCUUCUUGCCAUUCUUCUCUGCAUUCUUCUUACCAGUAAUCCUGUUGAGUAUAAUUAUACUGUUCCAGUACAGAAAAUUAAAUCCAUGUAUAGACCAUGGCUGCAGUCUAUAGAGUCUGCUGUAGAGUCUGCACAUUUAGAAGGACAUCAGAUGGACACUUUUUGAUAUGUAGGGAUGGGGGAGAAAUUCAGUUCCUACCAAAUGCACAUUUUUUGAAACAAAGCACAGCCAUUUUUCGAAAUUCUGAACUGCCAACUGCUGAAAAGAACUGUCCUGGUCUUAGUUUUUGUAAACUUAAAAGAGUUGUGCUUGUUCAAAAGCCUCUCUCCCUCUUUUACUCAUACGCCUAGGACUUGCCGAUCGCAUGGUUGGCAGUUCGAAUCCCCGCGGCAGGGUGAGCUCUCGUCGUUCGGUCCCAGCUCCUGCCCACCUAACAGUUUGAAAGCACCCUUAAGUGCAAGUAGAUAAAUAGGUAUCGCUUUAUAGCGGGAAGGUAAACGGCGUUUCCGUGUGCUGCUCUGGUGCUGGUUCGCUGGAGCAGCUUCGUCACGCUGGCCACGUGACCCGGAAGUGUCUGCGGACAGUGCUGGCUCCCGGCCUCUAGAGUGAGAUGAGCGCACAACCCUAGAGUCUGUCAAGACUGGCCCGUACGGGCAGGGGUACCUUUACCUUUACAGGUCCCUUGCUGUGGUGCUGUAGUGCUAAAGGAUUUUGACACACCCACCCAUCCAAGACUCCCAAACUUUUGACAUUUUGUCUACACCCAUUUUGAUAAGCAGCCCUUGGGUCAAUGUUGCCCUUGCCCUGUACCCAAUGUUGCCCUUAGCCACCCCGUUUUAGUGAACUUUGGUUGAUUUCUUUUCAUUGCUGUUCGGAUGUUUUUAUCUUUCUGGUUUCUGCUGCUCUGUUCUUUCUUUUAAAAUGUUUGUUUGUUUAUCACCAUAUUUAUAUCCCACCUUUCUUCUAAGGAGCUGAAGGUGGCAUACACACAUCUCCCCUUCCCCAUGGUACCCUUACAAUGACCCGGCAAGGUAGGUUAGACUAGGAGAUGGGAACUGGCCUAAGAUCUUUCAGGGAGCUUCAGUACUGAGUGGGCAUUUGGAUCCUGGUCUCUAAGGUCUCACAUUACCUUUAGUGUUUUAUUGUAUUUUAAACCAAUGUAUUGUAUUUCUGCCCUCCUAACCUGACCCGGAAGCCUCCUUUAACUAUUUUGAAUGGCAAGAAAUAAACCCGGAAUGGGGGACCUGUGGCCUUCCAGACAUUGCUCUAAACUCCCUUCCCCUUUGACCAACUAUGGGAGUUGACAUCCAGAGGGAUACAGGCCCACUAUCCCUCAUAUAAAUGUUUUAAAUAAAUAAAUAGAAUCUUCCUAGGCCCAUAGAAUCUGACAGCUGCUCAUUUCAGAUCGUUCUAUGGAGAUUUGCAAUCACAUCUUAAAGUAAUUUGGAUGCAAUUUAUCUAGAGCUGCCUUAUGUAACAUUAAUGCUGUUUUCUAUGAACCUGCUUGGUUCUGGCUCCGUCUGCAUUGACCAGAAUGCCACACAUUAAUAGACCAAUGUGCUAUACAGAUGACAGAUACAUUGUUGUGCUGCUUUCUUAGCAUGCUAUGGGUGUGGGUCGGGGGGGGGGGGGCAAUAACGUGGUUAUCCCUAAUGGCGGGUUAAAAGUGCUUGCUUUGAAGAGGUAAAAUGCACUUUUAGGAUUAAGUGCUUUGGGAUGAUCAUUAGAACUGUACAGGUAGGAUUUAGAACAGAGAUACUCAGAUAUUGUUGCAUGGUCUUUGAAGCCAAAUAGUACAAAUGCCAAAAGUAAAGAACUAACAAUAGCUGGCGAACUUUUCCAGAAAUAGGCAGCUCUGAGGCAGAUACAAACAGCUUUUCAGCGGCAAAGCUUCCCCUCUGCUUUACCGCUAGAGCAGCCAGCUUCCUAGUGAGUCACACAUUUGGCUGAAGUAUGGUACCGCCUACACCAGGAGAGAAGCACUUGAAGAUCUAGCCUCAGGCUUUAAGGAUUAUGGUGCCCACACUUAGACGGCUCAGCUGUCUCCCUGUGCCAUGGUGCUUUGUGGUCAAGCAGGCAGGAUCAGCUAGCCAGAGACAAGUUAGCAGGGCCUGGUGAACCUUGUAGGCUUGGACUGGCACAAUAGGACAGGGCCUUUUCAGAAAUGAAGACCUUUCAUCACUACCCCCUUGUCUGGCCCUCCCUUUAUAACCCUUUAGUCUGGGAUUUUGUUUCUAAUUUCAGAUCACCCUGAAAGAGCUGCUCUCUUGUUUGUGUCUAGUGUUUGUGUUGGCCUCGUGCUCACACUCUGUGCUCUGGUGGUCCAUGUGUCAUGCUCUAAUGACCUGGAAAAACUGUGGAGGGUCAGAAAGCGCUUGAUACCAGAGGACAAAAAGGCUGAUGAAAACGGUGAAGAGGAGGAGGAGGAGGAAGAAGAUGACGAGGAGGAGCAGGAAGAGGAAAGAGAGGAGUCUUCCAGUUCUGAUUUUCCCGAUGAACUAGCAGGGUUCUGCAGGACUUCCUAUUCAGCUUAUUGUUCAAUGGACCCAGCUGAACUUGCUGAAAGGAUAGAGCGGAGAGAACAGAUCAUCCAGGAAAUCUGGAUGAGCAGUGGGUUGGAUGCAUCUCCUACUCGAAGCCUCAGUCCAUUUUAUACCAAUGAACAGCAAUGCAUUUGUUUUGGAUGAAAAAUGCUAUUUUUGCAAUAAAAAAGAAGAAAAUAAAGGGGGAGAAAUGUACUUUCUGUGAAGGGACAUUUGCAACUCCUAGAAAUAAUUAUUUGCAAAGUUAUAUUAUUAAUAAUUAUAAUAAUUAAAUGCUUU